CGAGCGAACUUCCGUAAGGGGAGGUCAUGUCGCUAUGUCGGACGGCGGCGACUCACCGUCGCACAGCGGUCUCCGCGACCGCGUCAGCUUUUUCGAGCGAGUCUGGUCCGGACGCACCAAGAGUGAUUCCGUCGACGCUACCACAGACGUAGAUGAAAUAGAACGUAAGAUAGAACAGCGCAAGCGGCGACCAGAGUCGCCGAAAAUCGAAGUUAAGUUAAAACACACACGCGACACCCAGUCGCCUUCGAGGAGUUUCGAAACUCCUUUCCCCAAUUUAAAACUGAGACAUGUCGAACCCGAGGAGGCGGAGAGGUUCGAGCGUCAGGUCGAGGAGGGCGACCUGGCAGCCGGCGUCCGCUUUGUCAAGUUCGAGCGUGUGACCGUGAAAAGGACUGUAACAGAAACUCAAAGCGAGGACCGGCCAGACUCCCCGCAGACCGAGUGGUACUCUGAGUACAAGCAUCACACUCUGCAUACAGCACCCAGAAAGGAUUAUGUACGCAGCAAGUCGGAAUAUGACUCUCACAUUGCAGAAAUACGAGAUGAACAGGAAAGAGUACAAAAGAAGACAUUCGUUAAUUGGAUUAAUUCGCACUUAUCAAAGCGCAUACCUCCCAUGCGGAUCGACGACCUGAUUUACGACCUACGAGACGGCACAAAGCUCCUGGCUCUACUUGAAGUAUUGUCUGGCGAGAAAUUGCCAAUGGAACGUGGUCGUGUCCUACGACGUCCUCACUUCUUAUCAAACGCGAAUACCGCGCUCCGCUUCCUUGCGGGCAAGCGCAUUAAGUUGGUGAACAUAAAUGCAGCUGACCUUGUAGAUGGAAGACCCGCCGUCGUGCUGGGUCUCAUUUGGACCAUCAUCCUAUACUUCCAGAUCGAAGAAAACAGCCGAGCACUUGAAUACCUCGGCGGGUCGCGUUGUGCGUCCGUCAUGUCACAGGAGUCUGGGGCAGCGACGCCCACGCACAGGGCCGAAGACAGAUGGAAACAGGGUGCAAAGAAAACACUAUUGCAAUGGGUUGCGAACGCUUUACCAAAGGACUCCAACAUCCAAGUUACAGACUUUGGUCCUUCAUGGCGUGACGGUAUCGCGUUCCUCGCUAUCAUUGACGCUAUCAAGGCUAACCUCAUCAACCUUGCGGAGAUGAAGAGGAAGACAAACAGACAACGUCUGGAGCACGCGUUUGACGUGGCCGAGACUGCGUUGGGCAUCGCGAGACUGCUGGACGCAGAGGACGUGGAUGUGGAUAAACCGGAUGAGAGGUCAAUCAUGACGUAUGUGGCACAGUUCCUGCAUAAAUACCCUGAACCUAAGACGACUGGUCCAGACGCAGUCGCGGCAGUGCAAGAGGAAUACGAAAUGCUGAGAAGUUGGCUCACGGAACGUGUGUCUGUCGUGCAGCGGCAGUACGACAGCAGGACACUCUCGCGACACUACGAGGACUAUGUCCGUGCCGAAAACGAACGCCUCGCCAGAGAGCCCAUCUAUCAAAAAUUAGAAAAACUCAUGUACACACAAAGCUUAGUCGCCAUCGCCCCUAAAUCCUGGAGGGAACUCGUGGCGCUGUGGAUCGAGUUAGAGAGACUGCAUCGCAAAUGGCUUUGGCUUCUAGAUUCAGACCUUCCCGGAGAUUUCCGCGUGGUUGGAGAGUGGCUAGCAAGAGCUGAAUAUUUGCUCUAUUUCGAUGAAAUACCCACAUCUCUAGACGAUAGAACCGCAGCCAUCAUUAGUGAAAAGUUGGAAGAACAUACUUCGUUCUUCACAGACCUGCCAGAAAUUAUUGACAGAUUCGAGGCAGCCCUAAGAUCUCCUGAUGCAGCGAGCAUCCCAGCUGAAAGAUUGCAGGACAUGAAAGAUCGUUUGCAUGCAGUCGAUCGCAGAGCUCCACAAAGAAAGGCCAGGUUAAAGUACUUGGAACACAAGUGCUGUAUUGUAGCCUUCACUGAGCUGACUAAGGCCAAGUUAGCUGCGUGGACGGGAAAAUACGGCCGCAUCGAUCACGUUCGUGCCUUAUUAGAAGAUUACGAUAACUUUGUAACAAAAAAUAAAAUUUUCCAAGAAUUCGAUAGGGCUUAUAUUGAUAUAAAGCAAGUGGCGGAAGAAUAUAAAAGAGUUUGUGAAGUAGACAGAACGGAGGCGAAAGAAAUCGAUGCCUUUUUAAGAGAAGUAUCCGAAAAUUGGAGAAGAGUGGCGUCCGAUGUAAGAUGUGCCCGAAGUGUCUUAGAGGAAGUUAUUGCUCACUGGGAAAGGUGGACGACAUUAUCAGACCAGUUUACACAGUGGUUAGAUCGAGCCCAGCAUAUGCUGAGGGUCUCUGAAGAUGAAAGAUUAGAAUUCUUCCAAGACCUGACUGUUUGGAAGGAGAAACAUCAAUUAUUAGGAGACGCUGCUGGCUUUUUAGCAGCAACCUGCUCAGAAGAAAUAACAACAGAGAUUAAGAGGAAAUACGUAGAAAUCACUGAACGUUGGGAACGCGUUUGGGAAGAAGCUGAACGCUAUGUCCGCGGUGGGGAUGCUCUCCGUCAUAGACGAGAGCUGGCUCAAGGAAUGCAGAAUCUGGACGCUUGGUUGAUGGGUGCCGACAACUUGCUGUCUCGGCAACCACGUGCAACCACCGCCGACAUACAAGCGUACAUCGAUCAGUUACUGCACCUUAAUUCUGAAAUUGAGCAGCACGAAGAAUUAUUCAAAUCUAUUAGCAGAACCUUCCAAAAUGCGAUCGCGGAACUACCCCGUGAUGAGGUGGAAGCAAAUAUGACAAAGCUGAAGCAACAGAAAGAAUCUCUAGUACGCGUGCGAGCCAGUGUGCCCGUCAAACUGCACCAGUACCGGCAGCUGCUGGUGCAGCACGAGUCGCUCGAGAGCGGCCAGCGGGAGAUCGGACAGUGGCUCGACCGAGCCGAGGAGACGCUGCGGACUACCACCGAGACCAGGCGCGAGGUCAUUGAGGAACGUUACGAGGUGCACCGCAGCUUCUUUUCUCGCACCACGUACUACCGCUCGAUGCUGGAGAGCAAAAACAAGGUGUUCCAGAACAUCGUGCGCGCCGCCGACGCCGACCGCAGUGCUGACGUCAGCGACCAACUACGACUUAUGCGAGACCUCAAUGAGCGAUUCGCUCACGUAUCAUCUGAAGCCACCAAAAAAGAAGCGGAGUUGCAACGUCUUGUGCGAGCCUGGGACGAGUUUGAAACGAAGAAGAGAGCGGUCGAAGAAUGGGCGUCGAGGGCCGAAUCUUUGCUUGCGGAUAACCGUGUGGACUCCAAGCAGGCCGUGGACUUCCAUAAAAGAUUCUUCCAAGGAGCUGAUGAGAGGGCCGUAUCUGAACUUGUCCGAUCUGGAAGAGAGUUAAUUGAGCUUGUGAACGAAGAAGACCGACCGAAAAUUGUUCAAACGGUAGAAGAAUUACAGCGAAGAUGGAAGGAGCUCCUCGACAAAGCACCACCGCAUCUCAUGCGCUUGGAGUUCAGAUUAGAUGAAGCAGUUUUCCACCACUGCAUCAAGGAUAUCGAAAAAGAGAUCGUUUAUGAAGAACAAGCCUACAACCAAAGUGACGACGCUGAUGGCAUUCUGAUUCGAAACGAAGAGUAUUUCCGCAACCAAGGAAAAAUCAUGCAAGUCGAACAAUGUUUACAGAAUCUUAAAAAGAUUUCAGUUAGUUACACCCAUCAAACCGAGGACAAAACAUUAGAAGAAGCUUUAAGGAAGUGUGAACAGGAAUGGGAAUCAACGGUCCAUAGAGUUGAGAACUUCAGACAACAGUUACAAAGAAUACCAGCUAAAUGGGAUGCAUAUAGAGAGAAGUUUAGGGAAAUGGAAAAGUGGAUGGACCACGUGGACAAGACCAUGGACAGCAUUGUGCGGGAAGUUGACUCGGCUGAAGCGUUUGAAAGGGAGAAGACUAUCUUCCAAAACAUCUGCCGGGAGGCUGAUCGCAAGCGAGAAGACAUGAAAUGGCUUGUUCAGACGUUGGACAUGCUUUCCAAUCACUGUUCAGACACUGAAGCACAAGAAGAACAAGUUAAACUGGAAAAUCUAAUUGCUAGAUAUAAAAAUCUUAUACCCACUAUAGAAAUUACCAUGAUUAAGACAGAAACAUAUACAAGAUGUUAUACUUACCGCCGUGAGGUGCACGAAGUUAUUUGCAUCCUUGAAAGUGCGAAGGAGAGGGCGAAGGUCGAACCAGAUUUACAAUCACUUCAACAUGUUGAGCAACUAGUGCUUGAACAACAAGCUGCAGUACAACAACUAGAUCGGCAGCGGCCUUCUAUCAUGUCAAUGCUUCAUCGUGGCAAAGAACUCAUUAAAGAUGCGAAUGCACCAGCGUUUGUUAGAGAAGAUGUACGAAAUCUUGAAAGUGGCUGGAACACGGCCUAUGAAUCAAACACAGAACGUUUAGAUAAACUCCGCGAUACACAGAAAGUAUGGUCUAAUUAUGAAUAUCAAAAAGAAGAAUUACUUUCUGAUAUUAACAAGAUUGAGAGCUACGUUGCCCAUCCAGGUUUGGAGCUAGGUGUUUCUAACGUAAGUCGAGAGCUUCAAGAAACUAAGGCUGUUAACACUGAUUUGGAACGAGCAAAAGCUGAAAAACUACCUCAACUGCAGCAGACUUAUGCAGAAUUGCAAACCCUGACUGCUAAUAAACCAAAACCUGUAUUAGAAAAAGAUUUAGAAAUCAUUGAACGUAAAUUAGAACGAGUUCAAGAUGAAGUUCAGACCAAGGUUGAUCAUUUAGAAAAGUUCAAUCAAGAAUGGGUGAAAAUUGAACAUAAAUUAGAACACGUUCGUGACUGGAUUAAGAAAGAAAGUCCCAUACUUAUAUCUCAGGUACAAUCAGAGAAUAUCACACCAGAAGAACGUGUUGAAAAAUCUCAAGCCUUACAGAAUGUUAUAGCAGAAAAAUUAGAAAUUAUUAGAAAUGUGGCAGAUCAGGGAACUAAAUUAGCAGUAGAGCAUCGUAUGCAGGAUGCAAAUAAACUUAAGGGCGAGGUAGCUUUACUCGAAAAAAUGAUGGCAGAUUUACAACGAUCUAUGGAACAUCAAACACAGGUUGUGAAACAUGAUUUAGCUAGUUGGCAAAAGUAUCAAAAAGGUGUAGCGGAAAUCAAACCAUGGAUAGAAGAGGCUGAAAUUAAGGUAGGAAAUGUUCCAAAACCAACUACGUUACCUGAAGCUCAACAGCUACAGCAACAGGCUAGAGCAUUGAUUACUGACUGUGACAAGCAGUUGAUGAAUUUACAGAUUUUGUCAAGUGUCAGUCAUCAAUUGUCGGGUAAGACUAGUGCACCAGACGAAGUUGAUGCUAUUCAUUCAAGAUGGGCGGUUGUUCAUGACUUAGCUGACCAAUGGAAUAACAAACUAGACAAAUUAGUUACGAAUUGGGAACAUUUUGAAAAAGAAGCUGAUAAAUUGGAAUCUUGGAUUGAAAAUGGUGAAAAACUACUUAGCAGUCGUUCCGUUAACGUUGAAACACCUCACGUGGAAAAACUUGAUAGGGAGCUAAAUAAACUUAAAUCAUUUGGUAACGAAAUAUCUCAGCAACAAGCUAAAAUAAUAAGUCUCUCUCAAAUAUGUGAUAACAUCUGCCAUAGCGUUCAACCAGAAGGUGCGGCUUUAUUGAAAAAUAAAGUGACAGACAUAAAAGAUCGUACAAAUGCACUUGCUGAAGUAGUAAGAUCAAAAGUCAAUGAGCUGUCGGACAAAAUCAUUGUUAGACAAGAAUUCCUCACCAAACUUCACAACUUUGACAAUUGGAUAACAGAUUUCCGAAGAAAGACUGAAAGUUAUGAUCAAAUUAGUUCCGACAAAGUAGAGCCCACGCUUCAAUCUAUGCACGUAUUACUGCAAGAACAUGCUGCAAAACUCCCUGAAUUCACUGACAUCUAUAACGAAGUUAAAAAUAUGACACUAGCUGCUCAUCCAGAAGAGACGCGGUCAUUAAGUGAUACAUAUUCCAAUAUUGCUGAACAUUACCAAGUCAUAGAAUCGAAUAUACAACAAAACAGAGUUGUCCUCCAAAAGUGGUCGGAGCUUCUUAACUGGUACGAGGAUAAUAAACAACAACUAAAUCAUAUUCAAUACCAAAUAGAAGGACCGAAAUUAACCCCUGAAAGUUAUGAAGUCUUACGUCAGGAGCUAGUUAAUAUUAUUACCAAAACUCGAGAUUGGAAAAUUGAUGCAGCUGCAUUAGAUGGACCUGGCAAAAUUAAAGUUACAGACCAAAACACUGGUAGAAUAAUACCACCAAACAGUUUAGUAAGGGAAAUAGAAAUGAAAGCGGACUCAUUGCUAAACCUCGUAACUUCUAAACGAGAUUUAGUACAAAAAGUUGGUGCUAGAUGGGAUAAGUUCAAUGUGCAAAACAAGGCCUUAAUUGAAAUCUUACAUCAUGUUCAGUCAGUUUUAAGCGAAAUGGCCCAGCAGCCUGUUCCAUUGACAGAGUCAUCAAUUCAAGAAAUGUCAGAAAAAUUGGAUAGUAUUGACAGUGAAUUAAAAGAAAAACAAUCUGUUAGAAAAGAAUUGAGAGAAGAAGGAUUACAUCUUAUGAGAGAAGAUCAGCCAAAUAUGAGUACCAUUCAAAAUGCUCUUACAGCAGCAGAUAAUAACUGGGAUUUAGUAGUUAACUCUGUCCGUGAUACUAAAAAUAAAUAUAUACUUCUAUCAACCACUUUACAAGAAUUAAAGUACUUUACAGUAGCUUUUGAUAAAGAAAUGAGUAGAGCCGAACAACUGCAUAACGAAUGCAAAGAAGCACCCAAUGAUUAUGUGCAAACUGCUCAGUUCUUAGACAAGGCAAAGAAAUCUUAUGAACUUCUAAAACGAUCGAAAGGAUUAUUGGAUCAAAUGGAUGUCAUCAAACAGUCAGUCUUAAAACAAGCAUCUACUUUAGGUGGAUUUGACACAAGUCCUUUAGAAGAUGCAUUUUUAAACUCUCAAACACACUGGGAGAAGGUUAAUGAUGCAAUUAUAAAAAGGAUUCAAGAUUUAGAAUCUCAGCUCUUAGUAUGGCGACAAAUUGACGACACUAAAAAUCAAGUUGUUAAUUGGCUGAGUGAAACAGGACAAAACCUUGCUAACGCUUGUGAUAAUUUAGAAAUCAGAUUUGGCCAAAACCAUCUUAUGAAAUAUAAAGAAGAAUUGCCACUUUAUUCAGGACUUAAAAAUAGUAUUAAAGCCAAAUGUGAACAGAUUACCAAUUUAAACAAAAAUAUUCCAGUGGGUCAGGUUUCAUCGAUAGUUGAUUAUUUAGAUAAUGAAUUCGAUACUCUUCAAACAUUAGCUGAUAAUUUAGAAAGUGCAGUAUCAUCCUUAGAAUCAAGAGAAAACAAAUUAAAGGAACAUAUUAAACGUCUUUCUGAUAACAUAAGUAAAAUUCGUGAUGAUAUAAUUAAAUGUGACGAUAUGUCAGGUGAUAAUGCUAAAAUUCUUGAUCGCCUAAAGAAAUGCCAAUCUUGUAAAGUCGAUCUCCAAAACUUAAAUGACGAGAUAGACAACCUGACGCAAAACGUAUCUGAAAUGAAUGCUAACUAUCCAGGAUUUUAUGAAUCUCUUGUUCCUAAAGAAUUAAGUACAUUACAAAAACGUUUUGAAAGUGUUCUGAUUCAUGCAAACAAAACUGAAACAACUUUACUUACAUUCCUUCAGAAAUUAUUCACUGAUAAGUUGAGUAUGUUCAACAGAAAUUUGAAAAUAUUAGACGAUAAAACUAGGUGGUGUAUGCCUGAUGUUAAUAGUGACAAAUACAAUCUAGAAGUUAAAAAUGCUGCUUUAGCAGAUGUAGAGAAUGGAAUAACUGAUUGUAAAAAGAAAGUCGACGAACUUAAAGAAGCUUCUGAAAUAUUACGUAUUGUAGCUGAACCAGCUUGUGCGCAAGAAGCUGCUUCGCAAACGGACAAAGCUCAAAAGAACUUAGAAGUACUUACAUCUAAUUAUAAUGAAAUUAAGAGCCGAUUGCAGGAAAAUCUUGAAGCGUGGCAAGAAUAUGAAAUUAUGUUAGAAAAUGUUUCAGAAUGGCUUAAAGAUAAAGAGAAUAGAGUUAGACAAGAAGCCGCAAGUCUAGUUAAUUUAAAUGAUAUUGAUGAUAAAAUUUCCGAAAUAGAAAAACUUAAUGGAGAAGUAAAAGAGUAUGGCGACCAAGUAAAUAAGCUUACAGAAAUUGGUGAAAAAAUUUUAUCGCGUAAUCCAGAUUCGCGUAUUUCUCAGUACAUUAAUCAUUUGGAGGCAAGAUAUCAGACUGUUGGUAAAUUUAUGGUUAAUCAAAUAAAUCGAUUAAAAGACCUCAAAAUCAAUAACGCUAAAUACGACAAAUCUAUUGCUGAAUUUAAGACUUGGCUUCAAGAUACUAAUGCAAAAAUUGCAGAUAUAGCAGCGAUGAGUAAACACGCGAAACCAUCAGCUGCCGAUUUAGACCACGUAAAAAAAUUAAAUGAAAAUAAGGAAGUUGGUCAGAAAUUACUCAACAGUGCUAUCGAAUCAGGUGAAGCACUUUUCAGUGGAGUUACUCCCGAAGCUCGUGAACAUAUAAGAAAUGAACUUAGGACAUUGAGAGAUUACUUUGAGAAUUCAGUUGAUUCUCUUAAUAACGUUAUUAAGGAUAUCGAAACUACUAUUAACAAAAGAUCAUCAUUUGAUGAUACAUUUAAUCAGGUACAAAAAUGGAUAAGUGACAAAGAAACGGAGUUAGGUGAAUUUAAGCUAUCACCUUCUCUACCCGAAAAGAAGGCCCAACUUCAUGCUACUAAAAUUAUUUAUCAAGAAGUAGAAUUACAUCAGUCCAUGCUAUCACAGCUUACUGAUAAACUUAAACUUAUGCCUGACGAAGAUGCUGAAAAAAGUCUUACGAAAAUAAUCGACAGGUAUAAAAACAUGUCAUCAGAACUCGGCAAACGAAUUACUACUUAUGAAUCUCAUGUUUUAGAUCAUGAAAAAUAUGUCCAAAUGUUUGAAGAUAUUCGUGAUCGACUUAAUCAUGUAAUUGCUGAAAAUAGUUUAGUUACUUAUGCAGUGGUUUCGCAAAAAGAAGAUGUAGAUUCUAAAAUUAUGUCUAUAGAAAAAGUUACCUCUAAGGCAAAAGAAAUUGACAACGCUCUCGACGGUGUGAAAUCACAAUUGUAUACUGUUCUAGAAACCACUAGUCCAAAUGGACAUCCAGUUCUUAUAAGCGAGUUCGAAAAGUUAAAAACUACAUGGGAUCAAUUUGCAAAACAAUGUAACGAAUAUGAUAAAAAACUUAAAGAUACUAUUAAACAAUGGAACGAGAGUCAAAAAACUAUAGAUGAACUUGAAGAAUGGCUUAAAGUAAAAGAAAAUCAAAUUAGAGAUCAAAGCCUUAAAAGUAAUAUUGAGGCCAAAAUUGCUCAUCUACAAAAAGUUAAAGAAAUACAAAUAGAACUUGGAUCUAAGAGCACUGAGUUUGCUGCUUUAACUGACAAACAAAAUAUAUCUGGCGAAUCUGAUAUAAUUACAAAAACUUCCAAAUUAGCGACAAGAUAUCAUACAUUGAACAAUCUGGUAAAUGAAAUUAUUUCAAAAUAUGAAGUGUUCGUAUCGGAACACCAGUUAUUUGAAAAUGAAUAUAAAAAUAUGGAAAGUUGGCUAAUGGGCAUGUUAGGUGAUCUUCAAGACUUAAAUGAAAUUGUUGGAGACUAUGCAGUCUUACAAGAAAAACAAAAUAAAGCAAAAGAACUUUAUGAGACUAGAAAUAAGAAAACUCCUGCUUUUGAGGAAUUUCUUAGCUUAGGAGAGAAGCUUUAUGCUCAUACCAGUCCUGACGGUAGAGAAAUCAUAAGACAAAAAAUUCGUAAGAUAAGAACACUAUGGGACAGCUUUGGUGAUAGUUUCCAAGAAACUGUUAACAAGUUGGACCAAUGUUUACUGCAGUUUUCUGACUUUUCACUUGCUCAAGAACAAUUAACUAAAUGGUUAAAAGAUGUUGAAAAAGCAAUGCAGAGACAUACUGAACUAAAAACAUCACUAGAAGAAAAGAAAGCUCAACUACUGAACCACAAAAUAUUACAUCAAGAAAUAAUGUCACACGUGCAGCUUGUUGAAUCCGUAUGCGAUAAAGCUCAGCAAUUGGUAGAUCAAACUCACGACGCCUCUUUAAAUGUAUAUUUGCAAUCUAUAAAACAACUAUUUCAAAACAUUGUUACAAAGUCACAAAAUCUUCAAGACAAUUUGGAGGAUUGUGUGAAAAGGCACGAAGAUCUUGUGCGUCUUCUUCAACAAUUUAAGGAAUGGCUCGGUUCACAGUCAGAAAAGUUACUGGAUAUAGAAAACGCAGUGGGAGAAAAACCUGAAAUAAUAAGAAAACUUCAAUCUGCUGUUGCGUUAAAAGAAAUUGAAAAAGUAGGUUCCAGUAAGUUAGACGAAAUACGAAAUAUAUUUGCAACUGUGAGCAAAAGCACAUCGGAAGCUGGAAACUCUGCUAUUAAAGCAGAAAUCAAUAAUUUACAUGAACAACUUAAUAAAGCAGUAAAUAGUAUUAGCACAUCUGAGCAAAAAUUAAAACAUACCUUAGAUAUUUGGAACAAGUUUGAUUCUUCCAUUGAAUCUAUAACUGGAUGGCUUAAGGAUAUGGAGGCUAAGUGCCGUGAUCAAACACUGUGCUCAACAUUAUCUGAAAAAGAAGCUCAGUUACAGAGAUAUGUUGAUUUACGUAAUGAUAUUCACGCAAAAGAAAAAGAAAUAGAUGUAUUUGUUGAUGAGUCCCACAGCCUUAUUUUAUUAAGUGGUGUGGAGAGAUUAAAACCACUUGUUAUUCAAAUAAGUAGUCGAUACCAACAACUUCAUUUAAUUUCUAAGGACAUAGUAAACCACUGGCUAGAACUAGUUUCAGAUCAUAAAAAGUUCGUUCAAUUAAGAAAUGAAUUUGACACUUGGUUAAAACCUUUAGAAGAACAGUUAUCACAGAUGGUAAUAAAAGAAGAUAAGGUAGGUAUUGAAAAUAAAGGUAAUAAAUUGCAAGUCUUUCUAUUAGAGCGAGAAAACGGAGAACAUAAAAUUGGUAUAUUGACAACAGCUGGAGAUAAAGUUUUACCUGAAACUGCAGCGAAUGGAAGAGAAAGCAUCCGGUCUGAAAUAAGAGAUUUGAGGGAAAGAUGGGACAAACUUAAUGACAGCAUUUUGCAACAGCAAAAGGAAUACGAAUCCCAAACUUUGCAAUGGUCUAGUUACCAGGAUGUAUUGCAACAGACGUUAUCUUGGCUAGAUGAAAAAGAAAAAAUAGUUGAAAGUGAGGAAAAAGUAGUUCUUAAUUCAGCUCAAGAAAUUAAAUCACGGUUACUUAAAAAUAAAACUUUAUUACAAGAAAUAAAUUCGCAUAAAAGAGUUAUAGAAACUGUCACCGAGAAAGCUAAAAGCAUUGCAGCUAGUAUUCAUUCUAGUAAAGGUGGAAGCGAUGAAAUGGCAGCAAUUAUUAAAUCUGUUUGGGACAGAUAUAAUGCUCUUACAAGUAGGCUUUCAACAGUUAUUGAUAAACAUGAAAAUGCAUUUGAGAUAUAUCAACAAUUCGGCGAUCAACAAAAAUCUCUUCAAGAUUAUCAAAAACAUUUAUGGGAUCGUUUACACUUACUUUCUGACUUUACGGGAAACAAAGCAGCUUUGUUAAGUAAAUUAGCUAAAAUACAAGAACUUUUAGAUGCUAUUCCAAAUGGAACAAAUAAAUUGAAAAUAUUAUCUGACCUUAUCGAAAACGACGGAUCUAAACUUUCACCCCGUGGUAAGGAAGGUAUGUCACGAGAACUAGGAUUAUUAAGAGCAGAUUUAGAAAAAUUCACAGCCACGGUGCAUGAUGUAAAAAGAGGUAUUGAAGAAAAAAUACAACAAUGGAUCGAGUUUGAUGCUGCUAAUGACAGAUUACAACACUGGUUAAAUGACACAGAAAUGAGCUUAAAGACAUACACUCCUAAAGCUACUCUUGAAGAAAAGAUUGAUCAACUCAAUAAAUAUCAGGAUUUGAGUAAAGCAAUUCAUAAUCAUGAAUCUGAUUUGAAUACGGUCGUAAAUUUGGGCGAAGCGUUGGAUCAAGCAAUUUUAGCAAACUUAAAGAAAACUGAAAAUGACGUCGACAAACUAACUGAUGAGUUCAGCGAUCUCAUUGAAAACUGUAAUGAUACGAGGAUUACAAUGAAUCUACAGCAAAUGACAUCACGCUUCCAAUCUGUUCAUUCCACAGCUAAUGAGUUAGUUAAAAAAUGCCAACAAGCAGUUAAUGAUCACAAUGCAUAUCAAGAAAAAUAUAAUCAAUGUAUCGAUUGGGUAAAAGCUGCACAAUACAAAUUUGACGAAUGUCAAAGGAAUUCAUCGAAUACUCCUGAAGGAAUUAAUACUCAGCGGGAAAGCCUAAAUGAUUUAUUAAGUCAAAGACGUAAUGCUGCUCUUUUAGUUAAUAAUACUUUUGAACUAGGAGAGAAAUUAUAUUCUUCUACAUCACCUGAAGGCAAGGAGUUAAUUGAACAGCAACUUCAUGAUAUGCAGCAAGCCGUGGACAAUUUAUAUGAUAACAUUACUAAAGCUGAGCGUGAUUUAGAUUCUGAACUCAACAAAUGGUCCUCGUUUGAUGAAAAUCUUAAGGCCGUUAAUGAAUGGUUAACUUUAGCUGAGAAAAAUCUACCCAAAACCAUUGAACUUAAGGCAACUCUAGAUGAAAAACGCAAUCAGUUAAAUGUGUAUAGAAACUAUCUUCAAGAUGCUAUUGCGCAUCAACAAGACAUCUCUGAUUUAGAAAACCACGCACAAAAUUUGCCUGAUGUCAAUAAAAACAUCACAAAGGAAAUAAGUCAACUUAAACAGAGGCAUGAUAACAUUCUUGCUCGAGCUAAAAAUUUUGUUGAACAAUACGAAGCGAUUGUCAACAAUCAUCAACAAUACAGCAAAGCUGUUAUGGAUUUACAAGAAUGGGUUGAAGCAACUCAUAAUACAGCACAAUUAUGGGGCGAUGUUAACUUAGAAAGGGUGGCAUUAAGUAGUAAUUGUGAAAAAUUAAAAUCUUUACAAGUGAGCUUACCUGAAGAAAAGAGUCGUAUUGAUAAAAUUCGCUCAUUAGGUGAAAAAGUUCUUCCAGGAACCGUCAGCAAUGGUCAAACUAACAUUAGGAACCAAAUAGACGCGUCUCAUCAAGAAUGGGAAGGGUUAGUGUCUUUCAUUAAUAAAACAAUUGAGUCCUUAGAAAACAAAAUACAGCAAUGGAAUGAAUAUGAAAAUAUGAAAGAUCAAUGUUUAGCUUGGAUUCGGAAUACAGACAAUCAAAUUCAUGCGGUUGACUUAAAGGCAACUUUGCCUGAAAAACAAGAACAAUACAACGUUUUCCAAGAAUUACAAGGAGAAGUAAGAGCAAAGGAACUUGAGAUUGAUAAUAUAACCGAAAAAGCUCAGCACCUCUACACUGGAAUAUUGGGUCCUCGUGGCUCACAAAUAUCUGAUUUAACUGUAAAAUAUCAAACACUGUCUCAAAAAGUCAAAGAUUUGACAAACAGGUGGCAACAGUAUGUUAAGACUCAUCAAGAAUUUACAAGUAAUGUUACUGAAUGUUCUCAAUGGAUUGAAGAGCUUAGAGAUAAACUUGAUUUCUGUGCUGAUUUAAGCUCAUGUUCACAAGAUGACUUGGAGACAAAAUUAGUGCUUAUUCAAAAUUUGUUACUAACAAAGGAUGAAGGAUUUACUAAGGUUCAAUCGUUAGUCGAACUUGCACAAAAUGUAAUGGCCAAUACUGCUCCAGCUGGACAUGAAGCAAUCAACAACUCUUUAGUUGCUUUACAGGAGCAGUGGUCCGCUUUGUUGUCUCGUAUGAUUGAAACAAAGAACUUAUUGGAUGAUUCAGUUACUAAAUGGGCUGGAUUCCUAGAGCAAAUACAACUGAUACAAAAGAGUAAUGCAUGGCUCGAGAACAUGCUAGCAGAGUUGACACCGUACGAAUCGUCUAUGUCGGAUAAACGAGCACAAGUUGAAAAACUAAAAGAGGUAGAAGAAAAAGCGCGUUGUGACCGUUUGGAGGUUGAUACGCUAAAAUCUAAGGCUGCUGAAAUGUUAGCUAGCGGUCAACAAAAUCAGGCUGCAUCUAAAGCUCAAGAAACACUGAAUAAAUUUGACACUUUAUAUGAUAAAGUAAAGAAACUAUUAGCUGAUCGUGAAGAACAAUAUAAAGAUCAUAGAUUAUAUAAGGAAGCUCAUGAUGAACUGAUCCAGUGGCUAGGCAGGGCAAGAGAAAAGAUGCCUUCAUUAAAAUCUAAGCCUUUAAGUGACAAGCUAGCAAUAGAGAACUCAGUUGCUCCUCUAGAAGCUUUGAUAAAUAAGCAAGCACAAGGUGAAUUAUUAUUAGAACAUCUUCAACAUACUGGAGAAGUUGUACUUGCGAGCACGUCGCCAGAGGGACAGGUAAUUAUUAAAAACGAGAUGAAAGCUUUAAAAGAGAGUUUUGACCAACUUUUUAACGAAAUUAAACAGCAAAAAGGCCAAUUGGAAGAUAUUGUUAAUCAAUGGCGAGAAUAUAAAGACGAGUAUGAAAGAUUGUCCGACUGGCUGCAACAAAAAGAAAUUAUCAUCAAAAAUCAUAAACUUGCUCUGUUAGGUACAGCAAAGGAAAAAGGAGCUCAAGUGAAUGAUGUCAAAGAAAUAGUAGAUCAGUUACAUAAAGGAAAAAGCGAAAUUGAAAAAUUCAAUGCCUCAGCCGCUGGUCUACUAGCUUCUCAUUUGGAUACGUAUGUCAACAAUCAGCUAAGACAUUUAAAUUCCAGGUAUCAAGUAUUAAUUAAUAUGGCUAAUGAUGUUCUUAAGAAAGUAGAAACUAAUUAUGAACAACACAAAAAUUACGAUGAAAAUUAUGAAAAGACAAAGAAGUGGAUAAAUGAUGCUUGGGAUAUUACUCGUAGCGGAAGCGAAACAGGUAGUAACAGUAGUAAAGAAGCUUUACAGAAACGUUUAGAGCAAAUUGAAGACUUAUUAAAACGUCGUGAAGAGGGCCAGAACCUUGUUCAUGCGACUGUUAAUAGCGGAGAAAAAGUUCUAAGAAACACUAGAUCUGACGGCAAAGAUAAAAUCAACAAUGAACUCAAAGAACUACAAAAUGAAUGGGAUCGUUUAGUUAAAAAGAUGACUACUGCUAAAGUGCAUCUUGAAACUGCAAUGCUUCAAUGGGCAGAUUAUAGUUCAAGUUACUCUCAACUUCAACAAUGGAUCUCCGACAGAGAGGCAAAACUCCAAGAAGUGUGCGAACAAAAAGUAGCCAAGUCUAAAAAAGGCCAGGAUCGUCUUGCAGGUCUCACUACAGGACUUAGUCUUGGUGAAAGAAAAGCUACACUUCGUCAAACAAAUAAUAUUGUUCAAGAUAUUGUUUCGUUUGAACCCAUGAUACAGUCUGUAACUUCUAAGGCUUCGGAACUUAUGCAACAAGCUCCGGCGUCUGAAAUCACCAGUAAAUAUGAAAGCCUGUCUAAGCAAGCUAAAGAUUUGUAUGAAAAACAGAAAGAAACUGUUGAACAACACCAGGUAUUCAUUGAUGCUGGUACAGAUUUCGUCCAAUGGAUAAGGGCUGCUAAAGAAAAGUUAGGUAAAUGUUCAGAUACAACUGGAGAUAAGGAAUCUUUGAGUAGCAAAAUAUCGCAGCUAAAGGUAUUGGAAAGUGAGUUACCCGAGGGACAAGCGAAGCUACAAAAGGCUUUGGAACAAGGGGAGAUAUCCUGUGCCCUCGCUGAUGAUGAAGAUAGAGAGGAUAUAGAAGAGGAAGUAGCUCUUAUGCAAGAAGAAUACGAUACAUAUGUAGAACAGCUCAACAACACUAAGGCUUUGAUUGAGGGCGGUAUCGUGAAAUGGACAGAAUACGAAGAGCAAUACAAGGAAGCCUUGGAUUGGUUGUCUAAGACUGAGAAACUGGUGCAAUCCUUCAACAAACUGCAGAAUAACUUAGAACAAAAGAAAAUUGUUUUAGAGGAAUUCCAGGGACAUCUCCAAACCCUAUUCGACUGGCAAGCUGAAUUGGAUAAGCUAAAUGUGCGUGCACAGCUACUGCUGGAAACUUGCUCGGACACGAGAGUAUCCAACGGCAUUACGCAGCUAACAACUAAAUAUAAUGCCAUAUUGUCUUUAGCUAAGGAGGUGAUGAAGAGGCUUGAACUGCAUUACCAGGAGCACCAGCAACACAAUGCCCUGUAUGGAGAAUGCCAAGAUUGGCUCGACAGGACAAGAGAAAAGUUAAAUCAAUGCGCAGAAAUACCGAACACUCUGCAAGAAGUCAACAACAAACUUAACACUGUAAAACUUCUGCGUCAGUCGUUGGAACAGGGACAGAACAAGUUGAGAUACCUCCUAGAACUAAAGGAGAAGAUCAUAAUGAACACCGAACAGACUGGAGCGGCGAAGAUACAGGAAGACACAGAUAAUCUCAAGCAGGAGUUUGACAAACUUAUCGCUGAUUUGCAAGAUGUCCGUAAUAAGUUGACGAACAGGGCGUCGCAAUUUGAUGAUAUUUCAAAGGUUCAUAAGUUACUGGUAGAGUGGCUUGAUGAUAUCGAUCAGAAAAUCCAAUCAGAUGAUUCUCUACUUAAUGAUCUGUCGGAGAAGAAGGCUAAAUUAGAGAAGUUUAAAACCUUCAAUAGAGACAUCGACUCACACAAAGAUUUAGUUAAUAAAUUGAACGAGAAACUUCAAGAAGACUCGUCUUUGAAGUCGAAAGACAUUGAAGACACGUUACAACGAUACGACGACAUCAAGAAGACCGUAAAUGAUAUGAUUAACAAACUUGAAGAUUAUGUUAACGCCCAUAUUCAAUACAAGGAGUCAUAUGACAGUUUCUACGACUGGAUCCGUAACUGCAAAAUCGAAAUACAGCAAUGCUCAGAUUCUCACGGUGCUAAAGAAGAUGUUCAGAAGAAACUCAAAAACGUUAAUAAGAUCAUUGGAUCUUUGCCUAAGGGAGAGGCCCUGCUGAAAAAAGCCAUUCAGUUAAGCGAAGCCGUACUUGAAACUACUGGAAAUGAAGGCAAAGACAAUAUUAACCAAGAGAUAAAGCAAUUAAAGAUAGAAUGGGAGAACUUGCAGCAAAUAUGUAAAGAUACGAAGAAAUUGUUAGAGAAAUGCUUAACAGCAUGGUCCGAUUUCAUGGAGACAUUGGAAAAAAUGACCAAAUGGGUUAAAGAUUUUGACGCUAAAUUGAAAACCGUUGAAAAGGUUGACAAAAUUACGCCAGAGUAUUUGGACAAAUGUAGAGACCUUCUGGCUCAAGCAUUGGCAAAUAAACACGUUUUGGAAGAGCUUAAUGACAGAUGCGAAAACCUAAUGGAGCUUAGUGCUUGUGCUUGGGUUCGUGAUAAGACGGUGAACCUUCAAACAGAAUACACGCUCUUGUUGACUAAGAUUCAAGGCCUUGUUUCUAAUGGCGAAAAGAAUCUAUCAGAUCACACUGAAUUUAUUAAGGCAAAGGAAGAACUACAGCGUUGGUUGGAAACUGCUCACGGAACAGUCCAUGACUCGAUCGGAGUAGGAGAUAUUGACACAACGAAAGAUAAAUUGGAAACUGUGAAACUUGUCAGUAAUAGAAUGACCGAAGGUCAUCAUUUACUGGUUGUUUUACAAGAAGCAUUUAAAAAGGCACUUAACAACACUCCACCAGAAGAACAAGAUGGUCUCCGAAACGACGUAAAAGUUUUACAAGAGAGCUGGGACCAGCUUAAGAUUGACCUUAACUCUAUAAGCGCUCAGCUCAAAGCUGCAAUCGGUAAAUGGGAAGAUUUUGAAGAUUCAAAGGCUAAAAUGAACAAAUGGAUCAAAGACACAGAACAAAAUCUGGACAAAGUACCUCCGACUGGUGGUGAAUUAGGUGAAAUGAAGACAUUACUUGAGAAAUAUAAACAUAUCGAGGAUGAAAUUAAAAACAAGGCACCUGAAUUAGAACGUCUUAAAUGUGAGGCCGCUGAACUCAGCAGUUGGGCUAGAAAACCAGCCGUCAAGAAAGCCGUAGCAGAAAUAGAGAAGAAAUGUGAUGCGUUGAAAGCAAAAUGUGCUGCGAAGAAGGCGGAACUUGAGUCCGAAAUUAAAGACUACAACCAAUACCAUCAAUCGUUGCAAGACACAGAGAAAUGGCUUUUGCAAAUAUCUUUCCAGCUCAUGGCCCACAACUCACUGUAUAUAGCAAACCGCGAGCAAACCGAAGAACAGCUAGCCCAACAUGCUGUAUUGCUGGAUGAUAUUCAGAAAUAUCAAUCUACACUGGAUGACUUGGAGGCUAAGGGUCAUGCCCAAAUCGAGCGAUACGAAGCCACGACUCCAACUAUACGCGAUACCGUCGGAAAACAGCUGAAGAAUGUUAAUGACAGUCACAAGAGUUUGCUGGCUACUGCGCUGCAGAUUGAGCGCCGUUUAAGAGAAGGCCUCGCCAAGUUCAAGGAGUACGAGGAUACCUUGGAAAGCAUCUUGAACAAUUUGGAUGAAUGCGAACCGGCCAUCACUGAACUGGACGUUCCCGUGGAUGGACUGUCACACGGACGUGAUCUCCUCGAUAAAGCCAGGGCGCUGCACAACCGGCUGCAAACAGAGAAGUCCCGACUAUCAGCGGCGGUGGCUGCGUGCUCGGCUGCGGCCGCGUCCGUGUCCCGCCCGUCGUCCCCGGCGGACUCCGCCCCGCUGCCCGUGCCGCCGCGCGAGCUGCACGUGCGCGCGCGCCUCGAGGACCUCAUCGACCAGAAACAUGUAAGCGAAGUAGGCAGCGCGCGACUUGACGCCUUAAUAAAGAGUCUCGAAGCACCUGAGUUCAGCCAGAAACUCGUGGCUUUCGAGAAAAGGGUACAAAGCCAUCUUGAAACAUUACGGGAUGCAGUUAGCGGUAUGGAAGAUGCCAUGAAACAAGUGGUCGAGAUCCAAGAUUGGAUCAAUGUUCACAAUGCCUUAGCUAAUGAAUGGCUCUCCAACCCAUCGAAAUUGCGUCCUGAAGCCGCUAAACAAGAUAUGGCGGUCAUGAAUGAUGCUUUAGCAUCUCUGGCUGAAAAGCGGAAUAGAUUGCUCACUGAGAUACCUACUGAAGGCUUAGAAGAUGAAAUUAACCUUGAAGAAGAUCUGGAUAAUUUAGAAAAAACUAUCCUGCAAGCAAUAGAAAGAGAAAAGGGCAAUCAAGCGAUUAUAGACGCCUUCCGUAAUAAGUGUCAAGAAAUUCAUGAUUGGUUUGACUCUGUGCUAAAAAAGAUGUGUUUAGCCGACAAAGGAUCUGGUUUACCUUGUCCACAAAAGCUAAAUGCUCUUAAAGAACUUUCAUCUGAAUUCGGUCAAGCAGGCAAAGAUAAGGUAGAUAGUAUUAAAGCUGUGGGAUCACAAGUUAUUAACAUAGUCAGCAAUCUUGAGUCACAGCAAGUAGAAGAACAAAUGAAGUCAGUUGAGAGAAGAUACAACGAUAUCGCUAAGCGUAUUCAGCGUAAAUUACAAAUGCUGGAAAUCACCUACAAAGCUAUUGAUGGCACAAAGAGUGAAGUAGCUGCACAAAACGAAUGGAUGCAGAAAGAAAUAGACAAUAUCCUUCACCCUGAACCUCUUGGACAUGACAGCAAGUCCGUAAAAGAAAAACAAAAGAAGGUAGCUAACUUACUUAAAGAGACAGAUGGUAAGAAAACAGUUAUCGAUUCCUUGGAAAAGAAGGUAAGCAAUAUUCAAUCAGAGCUCGAACCUUCUGAACAAAUGCAAUUAGAGUCAGAACUAUCUGAAUUAGCUUCCAAACAAAAGCAACUAGCUACAUUAAUAAAACAAGAAAUUGAAAGACUAGGUGGAUGCGCUGAUAUGAGGAAAAAAUUAGAAAAUGAUAUUGAGAAAGCUAAGAGUUGGCUCAAGACUAAAUUAGCAGAAAUCAAAAAGUUAGGUGGCCCUGUCCCUCUAGAAGUGUCAAAGGUUGAGAAAGAAAUUGCAAUUCACAAGAAACACCAGAGUGAACUGUCCGACUUCCAUAAUGAUACACUAACUGAAGUUAUGCGCCAAGGUAACGCUGUAUCUAAAGACUGUUCAAGUGAAAAUAGAGCUAAGCUUCAAGGUAUUCUAGAUGAUUUGAAUAAAUCAUACACAUCUGCUAAAGUAGACAUUGAUGAUAAGCUUGCAGCAUUAAACAAAUUAUUACAAGGUAGAAACGAGUUUGAAGCGGACGUCGCCAAAUGUCAAAGCUGGUUGAACGAAGCUGAAGUCGCGGCAACUCCUGAACUACGAACAACGAGUCUUCAACUGCUAGAAGAACAAUUAGCUAAGUUCCAAAAGCUCAGUAAAGAAGCUGAAGAUGUCGAAAAGAAUAUCAACAAAAUAAAAGACAAAUCUAAAGACAUUAUGGACACAUUAUCUGAUUCAAACAAAUUACAACUCAAAGAGCAAGUCAACGUAUUAUCUGAUAGAUUUGCGAGAAUCAAUGCUAUUAUAAAUGAUAAAAAGAAUAUCCUUCUUAAACAUAUCAAAGAAUACAAAGAUGCUGCAGCCAAGAUUGCUGCUGCCUUGGAGUUCCUUAAUGACAUUCAAAACAAACUUAAAGCAUUAAACAAACCUAUAGGCAGUAAAGUUGAAGACGUUCAGCCUAUUAUUCAAGCUUACGAAUCUAUAUUAGAUGAUCUCAAGAAAAACAAAGCCAUGCUCAAUGAGUUACAAGGUGGCAAUCUACAUGAUCUUCAAGACAUUUUGUCUAAGCAAGAUGAACUAAUGGGAACAAUAGAAGACCAAAUUUCUAAACUCAAGCAACUUCUGCUUUUACGUGAACAAUUCUUUGCACUCGUGAAAGAAAUUGAGGACUUCAUCUCUAAAUAUACUGAUCUGACAUCUGAAAUUGAAAAGUCAAAUGACACAUUAGAAGACAAAAUAAAACGUUAUGAUGAUAUUAUUGGAAAAAUCCAAGGUUGUGAAGCCUUGUUGGCAACAGCGACCGAUAAAGGUCAACAGAUAGCAGCAGAAGGUACAGUUAUUGACAGAAACAAUAUUACUGAACUUUUACAAUCUCUAAAGCAACAACUAUUAACAUUAAGAAGGAAUGUUGAAGCUAAACGCCAAGAGCAUGAACGGGCGGCGGCUGAGCAUAAAAAACUGGCAGCAGAUCUAUCUGAAAUACUUCAAUGGCUUCACGACAAUGAAGCUGUAGUACACUCAAGACCACUACUGAAUAGAGAUGUUGCUAGUGUUGACAAGAAACUCAUUGAGCACGUGACACUCGCGAAAAAUAUUCAGUCGUAUUUGGAUAAAUUUACAAAAAUCGCUGACCUUGUCAAAAAUGACGACGGUAUUCCUGGUUCGUUACUAGAAAUGCUAUCAGAAGGUAAUUCCCUGAAAACAUCACUACCUGCUGAACUAUCUAACAGAGAAAAGCACUUGCAAGACAAUAAGAAAUAUAGACAACAAUAUCAACAAAUGGUAGAGAAAUUAAACCUUUGGGUGAACGAAGCGACCGUACGACUCGGAAUGGGUAAAAACGGAACAGAUUUCGAGAACAUUGAGGCUGAUUUAGAAGAACAUAAGACAUUCUUCAACACUUCCGAGCCUGAAAUGAAAGAUUUGGUCGGCAAACGUAUGCAAGAUAUAGUGGACAAAAUUUGGCCGUCCCUCUCAUCGUCCGAACAAGAGGAACUAUCGAAGGAGCACCAGAAACAUAACCAACUAUUGAAGAAUACUCUUAACUCGGCCAAGUCUCGCCAAGCUCAGCUAGAGCAGGACUUGGAAAUCUGGAAGGACUUCUGCCAGCUCGUGGAGAAGAUCAAGGCAAUAUUGGACAAGAACGAUAUCAAGGAAGAACCUGUGACGUCUGUCGACGCGCUUCGAAUGUACGUUGAGAAAUUGAACCACGCCAAGAAUGAUCUAGAGAACCAGCAGCCGCUUCUCGACGUCGUUCGGGAGCGUGCUCGUGAGCUGUGCAGCGGCGCGGACGCAGCCAGCGGGGAACGUGUCGAACACAAAACCAGGGAUCUAGCUGAUAGAUGGAAUGUCGCCUGUGAAGGCUUAGCCAAACGUGCAGCGUCUGCAGACAGCCAGUUGCAGCGUUGGAACCAACUUUUGGAUAUUCAGCGAAGUCUAGCCGCGGCUGUCACGGCUGCCAGUGACCGCCUGCGACAGUUGGACGCCAGCCCUGCUACUAGGCGACGUGCGUUGGACACCAGGCAUGCGCUGCAGGAACUGCAAAACGAAGUGUCAAGCCUUGAAGAGACGAGGGACGAUUUAUUGGAACACGCGGACUUCGUGGUGUCUCUCCUCAAAUCACACUCUAAGGACGUAGCCGCUGACACGGAGAGGAAUGUCAAGGAGUUGGUGGAAACUUAUGAGAAAUUGCGACAGACUCUUGCGGCGAGACUCGCGGAGAUCGACGAAAUUGUUUCCGAGUUUGAUCGAGUAUCGGAAAAGAUCGAGAAACUCCGACAGCAGAUCGAAGUUUAUAUAGCCAAAGUCGGAACUUUCUACGUAUUUGGGGAAGACAACGAAGCGGAGGUCCGCAACCUUGCCGAGCAAGUUUCGGAUCUGGUAAAGAAGACGAAGACUUUCACUGAGGAGAGCGGGAAGCGGACCGGAGGCUCCGCGCCCGCGGACGUGGCGCAGGAGCUAUCCGCACUAGAACUGUCUGCCGAGGCACUUGCCGCUGCAAUGGAGGAGAAAGAGAGGGAGUGGAAGCGCGCACGCACCGCUCGUGGAGAAUACGCGAGUGAUGUAGAAGGCGUGCAGGCUUGGGUGCGAGCGGCCGAGGUCACGGCUCGCGAACGCACACUAGCACCAGAACCUUACCGCGAGCGCCUGGUGGCCACGCGUGCCGAGAUACCUGCCGUAGCAGACCGCUUGGAGCAUCUCGCCCGCAAUGCGCGUGCUAUCAUAGAAGGCAGUCGCGACUCCGGCGAGCGCCACCUGAUCCAGUCUACCGUCUCUGUGCUCUCAGAGCAAUUUUCUGCGAUUUGUAGCGAACUCGAAGCGCGGCAAGCGGCCGUCGAGGACGCCUGCGAUGCCGUGGCGAGAUUUUUGGCCUUAUUAGAGAAAGUUCUACUUUGGGUUGAGACACAGCGUGCGUUCCUGGCGCGGCCUUUGCCGUUGGCCGAUUUGCAGGAAGCGCAACAGAAACAGACUGAAUAUGGGAAUGCCCUUAAGAGUUGUAAGCAACAAGCUAAAAAUUUAGCAGAUAUGACUAAGGAAUUAGAAACUAUAGAGCGUGUGACGAGUCCAGGCGACCUGCCUUCUAGGUUAGAGGCUGCCGAAAAUGCAACAGUUGACGUGGAAAAAAGAUUAGCGAAAACAAAUGGUUUACUCCAAGAACUAGCCGAGGAGUGGGAGCGAUGCGAGAAAAAAUUAAAAGACGUCGGACAUUGGCUCGAGGCAACGACGAGAACAAUCGAGGCCCCACAGAAUGCUAAAAAGCCUUUACGAGACAGACUAGCACUAAGAGAAAAGUUGAUAAACGACAUAUCGACGCAAAAAACUAAGAUUUCCUACGCAGUCGAGAAACUGAACGUACACUUCGGACCCGAUGGCGUCGCGGCACAGUCGCGCGCGCCAGAGGGCGUGCAGGUGGCAGCGCGUGAGUUGGCGGCGGCGCUGGACGCGCUUGCGGGACAGACCGGCGCGCAGGCCGCACAACUCGAAGCUGCACUGGCGCAGCUUGAGGCGUACUGUGCUGACGUAGCGCGUUUGCGCGCGCAAUUGCUGCAAGCCGAACAGCAACUACGCCACGCCGCGCAGCCCAACUACAGUCCGCGCGACCCCGAGCGGGCCGCGACGCAUCAGCAGGAGGUCGGGCGGCGAAUCGAAGAGCUGACUCGGUGCAUCUACGAGAUCGACCCGUACUUCGCCAUGCCGACGGGUGACGAAGACCCGGCCGCCACUCUGGCCAUGCUCGUGUGUAGCGCCGACAGCGCGCGCGCCAACCGCCGGCCGCGCUCACCCGAGCGGCGGCCGCGCGCGCUCGCCCCAACCGCCGUGCCUGCCUGGUUGCCUGGCGGCACCACUUACGCCGAGAUAGUGAAGGGUCAUGGCUCACGCUCCGCCUCUCCGGCUGACCGCCCUACGAGCGCUCAACGGCUCUACACGCACAGAAAGCGAUAUGAGCCGUUGGAAACGCGAGAACGUUCCCGGUCAGGAGACGCGAGUUCCGAUGACAAAAAUCAGAGUGAUAUUAUCAGUGCGGUGCGACCUCGAUCUCCAACCGAUUAUCCGGUCGAAUCUAGUGAGCCAAAAGGCAUCAGUGAGAUCGUGUGCGAAGUUAGUGAGUGCGAUCAGUUCGCUAGUGAUGCGAACAUUGUCUUUACCACGGAAACGAAUGAACUGCACGAAUAUUAUUCUGGACAGCCAGAGAAAUAUAAAGAAAGUGAAACAAAACCGAUAUCACAGGUUUCUCCUCAGACUGAAUUAAGCUCGUCUCUAUCGGCCAAGGAAUGCAAGGCUCAUGAUCUGUCAUAUGCGGAAAUUUUAACCCUAGGAUUACACAAACAAGCAAAGACGCAAAGUAUUGUAUCAAUGACAAAACCACAAGUUGCACAAGUUGAAAUAGUAAAAGAGAUUGUAGUUGAAGUGGAAAAAUGUCCUCCAAUUCCUUAUGAACCAAAAGUCCAAACAAAGGAUUCGCUGAAAUCAAAAAUGGAUAGACCAGAGAGACGAUCACAACGAAGUCGAUCAAGAGAUAUGCCAAGACAACGUAGAGCUCCUGAAAAACGUCCUACAAAGGCUCAUGACGUGCAAAUGUUAAAAAAGAAGAAAUUAUCAAAAAAAGUUAUAGAAGUUCAAGACUUUGAUGAUACUACAGAUAUUGUUGAAAUAGAUGAACCUUCUUUUGAACUAAAAUCAACGAAAAUUUCGGAAGAAAUAUAUAAAAAGGAUGAAGAUAAGUCAAAUCAGACUAUAAAAAAUUAUGUAAAAGAAACUGACGAUAAAAAUGUAGAUCAUUUUACAGCACAGGAAAAUAUACAAGAAAUUGAACAAAAGAGAAAUAAAAAGAAACAAAAAUCUAAAAAAACAAAAGGCACAGAAGAUGAAAUUGAAAAGGCGCUUAAAGAAAUUGAAGAAUCAGACAAACAUAAAAAGAAAAGAGUUAAAGACUUACGAGAUAAGAGCAAAGAUGCUAUGGAAAACAUAUCAUAUAUGGCAACAAUGCAUGAAUUAAAAGUUGAGCCGAAAGAAACUGAUACUUCUAAUAAAAAUAAGAAAAAGAAAACACAAAAAAGUUUGCAAGAAAGGUUGAAGAAACACUUGCUAUCUGAAACUGAAACAGAAAAUAAAUCAUUGCUUUUAAAACAUACUAAACAGACAGUCUUACAAGAUUGUGAAAAGGAUUUUACCACAGAAGCUGUUUGUGAAACGUUGAAUUCUCCACAUACAUCUGAAAGCUUAUUAGAAAAAGAGAAAACAUCGGAUGUACCUAAGGUAGACGACUUAAAAUCUGAAUCUAUUAAUAAAGAAGUCUUAAAACGUGAAACUUCAGUUGAAAUAAUAGUCUCAGGAUAUAAAUCUAAACAUGAUGAUUUAAUAAAAACAGCUGAUAUAGAAUCAACCUCACAAGUUAAUUUAGAACUUGUUGCGUCAAAAGAUACUGAAAAAGUAACUUUAUGUGAAGAAGAAAGCGAUAUAACGAAUGUGGAAACUGAAACAAUAAAACAAAAGAAAAAGAAAAGAAACAAGAAGAAUGAUACAUCAUUAGGGGAAAAUAUAACUGAAGAAACGAAAACAAUUUCUCAAAUCGAAGACGUUCAUAAAACAUUAAAUGUUAUUGAAAAUAAAACAUCUGUAUCAGAUUUUAAGCAGUUAGGUGAAACUGAUAAUAAAUUUAUGAUUGAUAAUUUAACCACAGCAGAGAAACAUCCACGUGAUGCACCGGAAAACUUAGCUGAGACUAAAAAGAAGCCAAAAUUAAAAAAGCAUAAUAUUAAAGAUAAACAAUCAGAACCAGAAGCGUCUACAGUAGAAACUAAAGAAUCUGAAAUAUUAAUCAUGGACGAACAGUCCUGCAAGGAUAUUAAAUCUAAUAAAAAGAAAUCUAAGGGCAAGAAAACUAAGUCCACGAUUGAUGAUGAAAUAGAUAUAGCUCUAAAAGAGAUUGAGCAAAAAGAUAAGUUUAAAAAAGAAAAAGGACAUAGAUCUAAAGACAUAAAAACUGACAUCCAUAUAGAUCAACAGCAUAAAAACACUGGCUCUGAGACUAUAAUUACGUCAGACUUUAUUCCGAAGCAAGUGGAAGCUGACAAUGAUAACCUUAUUUCCAAGAAUGUAUCAGGCUCUGCAAAAAGCAGUAUUAUAACAAUGGACUGGAACACAUUAAUGGCAGAAGAAGACAAAUUUUUAGAAUCUGCUAUCGAUCCAAUAACUGAUGAACCUGAUCAAGAUUGCAAAAUCUCAAGCAGUUCCCUGACACAAAUUGCGUCUGAAGUAACCAUUUUACAAGAAAUUUGUAAUCCUAUUAAAGAUACAAAUGAUAAACUGGAAGUUCAUGUCUCUUCUGAUAUAACUGUAAAUCCCGAUAAAGACAAAGUUUUAGAAAAAGUAAACGAAUCGUUACUUGGAAAUAUCGAAAUGAUUACUACACCUAUUAGUGAACAAAAUAAUAAUGAUAAAUUCUUUUCAACUGACACACGCAAAGAAACUUCAGUUAAUGUUGUUGAAGAAAUAACUCUGUAUAAGCCAAUUGAUCAAGAGCUAGAAACACGUAAAAUUUAUCUUAUUACUCAUGAAGAAAAAAGGUUACCUCCUAUUAGAACUGUUAAAGUUUUCAAUAGCAAAUGUAAUUCUAUAGAAGAAACAUCUCUGGAAGAAAAUUUGGAUACAAGCACAACAAAAUGUCGUAGCGUAGAAGAAAAAGAAACCAUUGAAAUAACACAUAACUUUAAAACAGAUCAAAUUGAAUCAAUGUCAGAAGCUAAAGGUAUAGGAUUGAUUAGUGAUUUACCGACUGAUGAUAAUAUUAUGAAAGUACAAAGUUUUAAUGAACCAAACGAAGAAAUCGAUGACGUAAGAAGUUUGAUAAAAAAUGACUGCGAAUCAGAAAAAAUUACUCCAGAGAGUGUUUCACCAAAUCUUCAGGAAGUUGUUAUAAACUCAGAAGAAGUUGUUAUAGGCUCAGAAAAAAUGUGUUCUGAUAAUAUUAAAACUAAUACAACUGAUGAGUUGGACCAAACGCAAUAUACGUCUGAUAAUAUUGAGAAAGAUGAAUUACAAGACAUUGUCGAGCAAGUUAUAUUUGGAUCUGUACAAGAACGCAAAAAGUUUGUUGAACAAACUAGAAUUACGCCUUUUAUCGAAUUGAACGAAGAAGUUAAGCCUUAUGCAAUUGGCCUUGACUAUCAGCUAUUAGAGUAUAAUUAUUAUAAAUUUGUUUCAAAUGAACAAAACAAACGUAACUCACAAAUUAAAGAGUUGCAAUCGACAAAUUCUGAAAAUCAAUCACAAUCACAAGUUGUACAGCAAGAAAAGCAACCUCUGGAGCUCUCUGCUUUAACGAUAGAUAUUGAAGAUGACGUUGAAAGUAGUUCACAUAUUCCGUCCAAACAAGAUAAUUCGCUAUGCACCAACUAUCAAGAAUUAAAGGAUUCAGAACAUCAAUAUGCACUAUUGCUAACUGACGAAUCUUCGGCACAAUCUAUUAAACAACAUAUAAUUGCAGAUGUCUCAUACGAAGAAUGUGAUAUGAUUGAUAAGCCAAAUGAAAAUAUAAAAAUCAUAAGUUUGAUGUCUGAACAACUAAGAUACAAUUAUCAAGAACUUACUGACGGUGAAAAUUUAUUAGGCAAAAUGAAAUCAAAAGAAAUGAGUAUUAUUAAAGAAACGGUUCAAAGAGCAGAAUUUGACGUACACGAAAAGCAAACAGAACCAAUAGAAGAUAUUGUAUGUGUGAGUAAUGUUGUCAGUCAUAAACGUAACGAUGAAUUACAAAAAGAUGAUACAAUCGCAAAACUUGUGUGUCACAUAGUUGAACCGCUGUAUCAAAAUUACCAAAGUAUUGCCGAUGCAGAAAAUUUACUUGGUAUGUCAAAGGUACAACAGGGAAUUACUCAAAACACUGAGAUAAAACUCCCUGAAAAAGAAACGAUGACAAACUAUGCUAUCGAGGAACAACGACAAAGUUAUCAAGAAAUUGUUGAUGCAGAAAACAUUUAUGGAAUCAUUAAAUCUCGCGAACAAAGUCCAGCUGAGAUAAGCAAAGAACAGAUCAAAAAUGUAGAAAAUAAUAUUGAGGAAUUCGUAUCUAAUCCAUGCAAACAAUACGAACUGCCAAGACAUAAUUAUCAAGAACUAGUAGACGCAGAACGUUUACUAGUGAUUACACCAAUUAAUAAAUUACAUGAUACAACUGAGAAAGAUAUCAUUAAAAAAGAUUUAGAACAAUUUAUUGUUUCAAGUGAGAAACCUUUACCAACGGACAAAAGUUCAACAGUGGACACAGCAGCUUUUAUUUAUCACGAAUUAAAAGAUGCUGAGAAGUUAUUAGCGACUGGAACUAAAGCUACUAUAGAUUCAUACAUAAAAUCAUCUGAACUAAAUGUUAAUCCUUACGAAAUGCAGGAUCCAGAAUGCGCUAAAUUAUUGUUGGAAGAUACGGAAAUAGUUGAGCCUGAAAGCAAGUUGUCUUCUAACAAUCAAAUUACUUCGUCUCAAGAGAGACAACAUAGUAUUGACGAGAAAGUUAUGAGAACAUGUGUCGAUGAUUCUGUACUAGAAAAUGUUCCGAUUGUAGUUAGUAAACAAAAAUCAAUUAUUAAUAAAGAAGUUGUAACCAAAGAUACAGUUCUUGAAAUGACAAUACAAGAAAAAAUAAUGCCCGAAAAAAUAAACGACGAAAAUACUGUAGAUUCCAUUUGUCACGAAGUACCUAAAGCACAAGAAGAAAUUAUAGAUUCACUUGUGCCCGUUGUUUUUGGCAAGACUAAUAUAGAAAAGACGUUACAAAUAAAAGAAACCGAAUUACCAACAGAAGAGAAACAAAUAACUACUAUUGAUGCAGGAUUGACCAUUGAAGAAGAUGUUGACGAAGAAUUUGUAAUAGUAGACAUGAUAAGAGAUAAACCAGAAUCUUGCUCGAUGAUUUCUGACAAGGAUAUAGGUUUUGAAAAAAGAAAUUCUUCAGAAUUAGUCGAGGAUGCAAUUAAAUUGAUCGAUGAAACAAUUGAAGACGUUACAAUUUUAACUAAUACUCUAGAUAAUGUGGUUCAUGAUAGUCCAAUUUCUGAUAGUAAUGCUGCUUUUGAAGUAUUUGAAGAUAAAAUAAAAAGCUCACCUGAGAGCUUACAGAAUCUUGAAACAGCUGUCGAUAUUGAAGCUGAUUUUGAAAUAGUCCCAGAAGCUUCAACAUUACAACGAGAGGAAGAAUUUUCGCAAAUAUCUCCUAAUACGAAAAAGCACUCUGAUGAGCCUGAUUCUAUCUCGGCUGCAUUUAUUAAAAUUGAAAAAAAUAGUGCAGUGCCUGUACCUAAAUCUUCUACUUAUCAUACUGAUGAUACGCUAAACCCACCUUAUGAUAUAAAAAGUACGGAUACCAAUAUUCUAAUAAAGCCUGCAUUAGAACCCAAUAUUAAAACAAUAAGCGAUGAUUUUACUAAAAAUGAAACUAAUGUAACGGAAACCUUGGUUCGUUCUGAAAAAUCUCCUAUUCACAGUUUGCAUGAUCUACUCCCUGAAAUAGAUUCCAUUCCUGAAUUUAAACCUUCCUUAUCGAACACUGUUUUGUACUCAAAUUUAUCAGCUGAUGCACCGGAAUUCACUCCUUCGUAUAUGUAUCAAUCCACUGAAGCGACUGUAUCAAAAAAUAAAUCACCUGGUAACGUACAACAAGAAAAUAAUUCCAAAAAACCAACACAAGAAAAUAAAUCUGUAGAAUCAGUACCUUUGCCUUCAGAAGAUGUAGUGGUGUCUGCUGGUAUUACAUAUUCAUCAGUAUUAGCCAAAACUCCAAAAGAUUUACAGGGCACUGAUAUGCUUGGAAAAGAAAACUUACAAGGCAUAAUUAACUAUGAAACUAUAGUUGUUCAAGAACAACCCGUUGAAAUAAAAACAAAACGAAGUAAGAAAAAGAAAAAGGAACAAGAUAAAAAGCAUACGCCUAGAGCGCCAAGCACUGAAAAAGGUCAACAUCAGACCGUUACUGAGAUGGCACCUAUCUUAGAGCCUAUUAAUGUUUGGGCUAAGGCAGCAGAAGAAGGUAAAUCUUAUGCAGAAGUUGUAGCUGAAGGUAUAAUAAUACUGGAACAAAAAGAACCUGAAAAAAAUCUCCCUUCAUAUGAGGAACCUAUUCAAUCUAUUUCAAAAUCGAAUGAAAGUACUGUAAUCGAGGUGGAUGAAGAAACCUUAAAAAACAAUGAUGAUAAUCUUAGUUCCUGGGCUAAAAUCGUAGCAAGUAGACCAUCACCUGAAAGAACACCUAAACCGGAGAUUAAACAACAAAAAGUAAUUCAAACACAUGAAUAUAAAGCACCGGUUAUUUUAGUCGACGAAUCUGAUAACGACAUUCAUACAUCAGAUUCACAAGUCGAUGCCGAAGGGUUCAUUAAAGUGGACAGAAAUAGAAGAUCGAGAUCUAGAUCCAGGGAGGGUCGGUCAACGUCAGUUUCAAAAGUACCUGCACAAAAAACAGUUGUUCGUGAUAAGUCUGAAAAUAGAUUUGAUGCUCUGACAAGUACUUUAAAGCCUGAAGAUGAUAAUAUUCGGAGUAGUUUGUCAGAUGAUGAAAAAGAAUCUUUAAGAAAAGUAAGAAAAAGCCGUCCAGUGAAAUCUAAAGAAGAGGAAGUUAAUCCUACAUCAAAAAUGUCUUUAUGUACAUCAGAUGAAGAAAAACCAUCAGUUAAAAAAGAUACAAAGAAACGAUCAUCUAAAUCGAAGGACAAUACACAUAAUAAUUCAAUAGAAAAAAAUAUCAAAAUGAAAUUUGAAGAGCAAAAGUUACAAGAAAAUAUAGAUGAAUCUCAGACUGUAAAAGAAUCUCCCGACAAAAGUAAGAAAGGUAAGAAAAAGAAAAAGGAUAGGAAAUCAGAAAACAAAUCCUCUUCUGACAUAACAAUCACAUCGUCUUCUAUAGAAAAGAGUUUCAUGGAACAAGAUCAUAAAGAUGAAUACCUAAAAGUAGUCAAAACGCCAAUGUCUACGCCUGAAUCUCUGCAAACACCUGUUAAAGAUAGAUUAUAUUCAGAAGCUCAGUUUUGGAAAGUAGGCCCAAGUGACUUAGAGUUAAGUCGUUUAUCGGAGAAUUUAACAGUCGAAGUUAUCGGUGGUAAUUUCAAAGAAGCCAAAUUUACUCUUAGUGAAGAUUCUUCUAAAAGUAAUGAUGAUGAUCUUAUUUUUAAAGAGAGGGAAGUGCCAUAUAAACAAAAUGAUUCUAAAGAAAACGAUUCUAAAGUUGGAGAAGAUUUUGAAAUGGAAAUUCAAACAUCUACUGUAGAAGAAAAUAUUUCUGAUGAGCAAUCGCUUGAAAGUAAAAUAGCAGACAUACAGCGAGAAAUCGAAGAAAUGUUAUUGCCAGAAAAUGAUAAUUCCGCUAUGAGUGAUGAAGUUCCUAUAGAACUAACUGAAACAACCCCAUUAUCUGAAGAUCUACAUGAUGAUAUUGAUAAUAUGAGUCCCCUUUUAGCUUCUCCUGAACCAGAAGAUUUAUUGACGAAACCAAAAUCAUCAAAGACUGACGAUCGCCCAUAUUUAGUCAAUGAUCAACAUGUUAGUGUCAGCAUGAUUGAUGCAGUAUUGGGUGAUUCUGAGGCAGUUAAAACAUCAUUAGAAAAAAAUCAGGAAGAAUUUAAUAAUAACCCUCUUAAUGUUGAAGGACCGGAAGCUAGAAUAUCUAUAGAGUCGAAAGUAACAAAUACUGAAGUAUCUGAAAUAGUAACAAAAGAUAUAUGUACUACAACUUUAACUGACCCCAAAAUAUUAACUACUAACAAUGUACCCAAUUUCAUAACUAACAACUUAACACACCUAAAAUCAGAUGAAUUUUGGUGUAACAAAUUCGCAAUAGAUGACGCUGAAAAACUUCUCGCUGAACAAAACACAAGGCUUAUUUCAGACGAUAAUUUGGUUUCCGAAAAUAAAUGCGCUAACUUACAAUCAAAUCUUAAAAUCGAUAAUUCAUUCUGGCCUGAGAAACAUGUUUAUCAUGAUGCGGAAUGCCAGUACUUUAUUUCAAUAUCAAAUAAAAAUAAGACGUCUAAUAAUAUUCCAAGUGAAAUAUCAAUCAAUGAUCAAAAUGAUAAAGAUCGCGAUCCUGAUGGUAGGUCGGGUCAUUCUUCUGAUACAGAAGAAAAGGAUCCGCGUCAGUCUAGUUUGCCUUACGAUUCCAAUUAUAUUUCAAUGGACCUUCCGGGGGGAAUAUGUAGUUGGAAAGAUCACAGUUCUUACUUGAGCUUAGAAACACCUACUGAUUCUUUGUUGGGUCCGCCAAACGAGGACGCAACUCAAAUAGAUGUCGACAUCCCAGAGGAUACACUAACAGCCCCCUCCCUCGAGACCAUUACCCCACCCACACCCACACAGGAGGAGCCCGAAGAAGGAAGAAUCCAGAAGGCAGCCAAGGAUGACUUAUCUAACGAUAUUGAAACGCUGCUCGAGGAAGUCAAAAUUGUGCAAGCGAAUCUAACUGAUCUUCCGGACGAAAGCCUUGACGCUAUGGAGGAAGGACUCCGGGAGGGCAUAACCAUUCUAGUCAAGUGUGAGGAGGCUGCCAAUCUCAUGGAGCAGAAGAUAAUGGAGUUCUGCCACGAAUCGGAAGUUCAAUCGCUUCUAAAAGAGAUUGCGAUGAUUAAGACACGAAUCACAAAGUUGCUACUGCAAGCCCGGCAAGGAUUGACCACUAUUCAGGAUACGAAAGGUGAAUUAGUACGUCAAACUAAAGAAAUGGAAGAACAAAAACAAAAAAUAGCCAAACUUGACCAUUGGCUUGAAGAAAUUAAUAAUGAGCUAAAAGAAUCUACACAACAGCUAACCACAUUUACUGAAAAUGACAUUAUUAGGUAUAUUGAAGUAUAUGAAAGGUAUAUAAGGGAGUAUGAGGAGUACGAAGGCUUAAUUAAUUCUAUUAUUGUGGUAAUUCGCGAUGAUUCUAGUCAGUUAAAACAAAAUUUAAAUACGUCAAUGAAAACAUUAAAAGAAACCAAAAGUCUAGUCACUUUAGAAAUAUUAAAAUUGAGGCAAAUGUUAAUACAAAUUAGAACCGAUACUGGGCUCCUGGAAGAUGAUCUAUCACAAACGGACAGAACUAUUGAUUCGACUUCAAUGCCAGAAGAAAUUGUAUCCCCACGUGAACCUGAUAAUCAAGAACUAAAAAUUAAUGAAUCUGUAAUUGAAAAAAUAGAAAGUGAUGUAGGUUCUAGGGGUGAAAGUGAACCUACUACAGGACUAAAUAAGCAAAGUCAAAAAACGCAAAUAGAAGAAAUCAAAAUUAAUAAAGAGGUACAAUUUAAACCUCAAACUACUAUCGAGACGCAAACUGGUAAGAGUCUUAUAUUUGAGGAUCCUUCUGUUAUUGACAGAUCUGUAAUUUGUAAACCAGAGGAAAAGAUAUUGCACGACGUAUCUGUGACUUGUGCUCCGCCACAAGAUGUAGAAGUACAAACAAGUGAAAUUAAGUCUUCGGAUAAAGAAACACUUGAAAAUAUACAAGUAACACAGACAAUUUCCGAUGGUCACGAAACAAUUGAAAUUGCUAGUCGACCAGUAAGAAGAGACCAACAGAUUAACGAACAAUCAUUACUCAUAGAUGCUCAAUACAAAGGUGAUAAUAUAUAUAAAGAUUCUACGCUUAAUAUAACGCACAGCUUACCACAGUCAUUUGAAACUGUUAUGGUUGAACCAGAUGAAACAACGACUGAGGUUGUUGUCGAUGCUGAUGGUACAAAAAGAAUAAUAGUAAAAAAAGUAAGGAAAACUUUAGUAACCCGACAACAAAUAAUUCAACCUCAGCCAACCACAUCCAGUGAUAUUAUAAUCCCUCCCGAUCAAUCAUUUUCGCAGUUGAUGCUUAAAGAAGAUACAGGUUCAGGCUCAAGAUUAUUAGACGAUGGUAGCACUAGAUAUGUUCAGUAUCAAACUUAUGAUGGAAAAGUUAUAUCAGGUCUUCCUGGCAGUGAAGUUACAAUACAAGAGUUUACAUCGCACCCUGAUAUGGUUAUUAAAAUGGAACAGGGAAUGAAACCUGAAGAAAUACUUCAAUUAGCUGAAGGUGAAACGCCAUGUCAUAUCCAAACAUCUUCAUCUAGUGUUACGGCUGUCGUUCAACAAGUUACAAAGCGGAUUAUUAAAACUAAGCGCCGCAUUAUCCGUCGUGUUGUUAUAAUUGACGGCAAAGAACAUGUCACGGAAGAGGUGAUUGAGGAACCUGAUAAUGUGGAAGUAUAUGAAGAACAAAUUCCACGAGUGUCUAUCAACGUACGAGAUAGCGUAGCGGUUGAGGAUGAAAAAGAUAACCAAAACAAACCACCAUUUCCUCCUAGUAGUAGGAAAGGGGAUCAACACCAUGACUUAGACAAAGAUAUUAAAAAAGAAGAUGAACAAAACUUCGUAGACAUGGAAGAUAAAUAUCAAAAACAAACCAGAGAGUCAAAUUCCGGUAACAUACCAAAUUUACAGACUUUAACAAAGGAAUUUUUACAAAAAGAAAGUGAUGACAGAAAUGCUUCAGAAAAAAAUUAUAAAUUAACAGCGGAUGAAGCAUCUUUAAUUUCCAGUGGUAUGCAUUCGACAUUAGAAAUGAGUACCGCAAAUAUUGCUACAGUCGUACAAAAAGUAACAAGAAUAAGAAAACGCAUUAUAAAACACAUACAAAUUAUUGACGGUAAAGAACAUGUGACUGAAGAAGUUAUUGAGGAGCCCGUGGAAGUUGAAAUAAUUGAUGACGAACCAAAUGUAUCACAAAUCGUCCACGAACAAGGUGAAACACAGACAAAGCGUAUUAAAAUCAUACGACAAGUUAAUGUCAUCGACGGAAAGGAACACAUAACCGAACAAGUUGUAGAGGACCCCGAUGAUUUUGAGGUUAUCCCUGAAUCUAAUAACGAUCCAAGUCAUAAAUUGAACAUCACUGAACUUGUUGAUCCGAAAAUUCCUGUCAAUACGACAGAUGUCAGUAAACGCGUAGAAACGCAAGAUAAAAAUAUUGUAAAGUUGACUGAAGAUUUAAUAAAAAGUGAAGUUGACCACUCAAAAGUAGUGCACACUCCGGAAAAAAAAGAUGAAAAAGAAAUAAGAAUAGAGACUGAACAAAUUGUUGAAGACCCUGACGAUGUUGAUAACUUUGAAAAUGUUAAUAUGUCCAGUCACAAGUUAGAUAUAACGGAGCUCGAUGAGAAUGAAAUUUCUAAUGAUCGAACAAAAGAUAGCAGGGAUAUUGAAACACAAAAUAAAAAUAUGAAAGAUUUAGCUAAAGAUUGGAUAGAAAAUGAAAUAAAGCAAUCAAAACUACUACAACAUGUAAACGUUUUACAAGAACAAAAGAAUGUAGAAAAUACCCAAGAAAUUUUAGCGCUACCAGAAUCAACAGAAAUAAGUAAAAUAGAUACAUUUAAACAAACACACACGCGUACAACACUAACUAGAACAAGAAAACGUAUUAUAAAACACAUUCAAAUUAUUGAUGGUAAAGAACAUGUGACAGAAGAAGUCAUUGAAGAACCAGAUGACGUGGAAAUAAUAGAAGAUACUCCAAUAGUGUCACAUUUUGUUCAAGAAGGAGAUAUCAGAACAAAAAGAAUUAAAAUAAUACGUCAAAUCCAAAUCAUUAACGGUAAAGAACACGUUACAGAGCAGAUAAUAGAAGAUCCCGAUGAUGAAUACGUUGCCGAAUCUACUGUAACUGCCUCUGUAGAUGUCCAAAUGAGUAAACCAGAUGUGACACAACUUAAAGAGAAGGAAAUUUUGAUUGAAAAAACAUCUAAGACUCAUGAUAAUGAAAACAGUAAUUCUGCUGUUAAUAUUAAUAAAGAAUUAAUUGGAAGUGAAACGCUUCGUACUGAAGAAUUGCAAAAGUCUGAUCAAGAAAUAGAGAAAGUAAUCUCAAGAGAAAAACCGCUUUCAAUUGAUUUAGCCGCUGCACCUUUAUUUCCCCGACAGAGUGAGGAAACUGAAAACGUUGCUCAUUCUAUAAAAAUUACAACAGGUACAGCAAAGUUAAUAUUAGAAAGUACAGAUAAACCUAAUCAAUCCGAAAUAAUAUCGAACGUUGGAAUACUUACAAAAGAUCAGAAAUCUAGUGAUAUGUCACGCAAAUUCAUUGAAAGUGAAUCUAAUCACUCAACCAUAUUGAGUCUUUCACAAAAAACACCAAUUACAGAGGUUGAACAGAAGCUGGAUUUGGACGAGAAACAACAUUUUAAUAAAAAAGAUGAUUGCAAACCAAAACAAGACGUGUCUAGCAAAAUCAUAGACAUAGACAUUACAAUUGAUAAAACAAACAUUGAGUCUGUCAAUAACUUAACUGGUGAUAUUGAAAGUAAAAUUACCGAUUCACUAAUGACACAAAAGCCAAGUGCAGACUCGGGUGAAAUUGCUUUAAUGAAAUCUCAAGAUACGGAGCCAGACACUAAAGCCAAAAGCCAAAUUGGCUAUGAACCUGAAACUAAAGACGACAAACAAACAAUGCUAGAAAUUGGUGUUCAAGAUCACAACAAACAGAUAUUAGCAGACUUGGAAGAACAUCAUCCUGACACAUCUGCUAUUCCAGAACAUGUCGAAUCAGUUGCUAAAGAGGUUGAACAGAAAAAGGAGAAAUCUACCAUUGUUGAGAGCAAAAACCUAAUUGAAAGCGAAUCACUAAGUGAAAAUAUAAAGAAUAUGUCGACCUUGGAACAUGAACAAAAAGUUCCAGUUGAUUUAGACAAACUUCUAAAAUCAGAGCAAGGUGAUCAUGACCAAAGUCAAAGCGUCAGUAGCCUGGAAGAAAAGUUAAAUAUAGAAAUUAAGGAUCCCAUUAGAAACGACUUAAUAUUACGCGAUAAAAGCAAAUAUGACAGCCCAAAAGAUCAAUCUCUUGUUGAAAGUACUAAUAAGUUUAUUGAAACUGAAGCUGAACAUUCUCAAAUUUUGCCAAAAGAAACGGUAGAGAAACCAAAAUCCUUAGAGACUACUGAAGAUAUCCCUUCAAAAAUAUAUUCAGAAGAAGAUAAAAAAUUGACGCAACCAGAACCAAAUGUAAAAACUGGUAAAACCAUUGCUUAUACUCAUGCUAUUGCAGAUACUCUACCGACAGAUAUCUCUCCACAAGGAAGUCAAAGGUUUGUGCCAGGACUGGAAGAAUCAACGCAAAAUGUAAUAAAAACAACUACAAGGACACGUAUCACAAAGCAUGUACAAAUCAUUAAUGGCAAAGAACAUGUAACGGAGGAAGUAGUAGAAGAGCCAGGUGAAGUAGAAAUACUUCAGGAAAAUACAAACUUACCCUUAACUAUUCAAGAAGAAGGUAUUAAAACAAAACAGAUUAAAAUUAUACGCCAAGUAAAUAUUAUUGAUGGAAAAAAACAUGUCACUGAAAAGAUUAUUGAAGAUUCUGAUAACGAAUAUAUACCAGAAACAACUAUCAAAGCUAACAUUAACUUACAGUUAACUGAUUCAAACAUCACUACUAACGAACCAGAAGAACAAACUCCUGAAAUUUCAAAACGUAAAGAGUUUGUCCAAGAUAUAUAUAAAGCAGUAGAAAGUGAAGUUAUUGAAACCAUGCCAAAAGAAAGUACAGAUGAUGCCAUUUAUACAACGAGAUUAAAACAAAAUGAAGACGAUAAAACUUCCAUAAUUAAAGUAGAUACUGAAAAUAUUACUAAGCAAAACGAAAAGAAAAAAGAUUUUGAUAAGGAGAAUGAAGAAAUUUUCGCACAUCCUAGUAAAUAUGCAAUUGCAACAGAAAAAUUUCUGCUGAACGUUAAAAAUGUUACAGCUGACUUUUUGAAUGCAGAAAUUGAGAAAGGUUCAGAAAUUUUAAAAGACAGUAACAUUGAAAAAUCGGUGGACAUUUUUAAUCAAGAAAAAGGAAUAAAGGAAGAAUUUAAGGGCCCAGUAAGCACUUCUCAAAUACCUAAAGUGAAUGUUACAUUACCAUCUGAUAUUCAAAUUGGAAAUUCAAUGAAGCCUUUGCAUCCUCUUAGCCAAUCGUCAGUAAAAGUAGAGCCUGUAGAAGCAGAAACUGUAAUUAGCGAAAUUGACAUAAAUGCUGAAUGUAGGGAACCAGAAGUAUCCUACAUACAACAAUUUCAGCCACCUUCACCAGAAUCUCCUGAAGCUUUAGAAAAAGUUAUGCCAAGUCCAGUCUCCAAAGAAAAUAUUGAUAUUGUUUCUGCACCUACUAAGUUAAAUACAAAACAUGAUAUUGUUGCUUUUAUUGAAUCAGAACGUUUGAGUACAGAUACAGGUGUUUUUCAAGAUGUGGACCCAAUUAAAAAUGAAAACCAGGUAGGCGACUUUACUGAUAAAUCAUUGCAGACUAGUCAAUUGAAAAGAGACUUUGAAAACAAUGAAAGUGAAUAUAAUCCAUCACAAACAGUUGACAUGGUUAUGUCUCUUUCAAAAAUAGACAAAGAUAAAAAAUAUGAACCCAAUAUUGAAGUGGAUAUUAAAAUAGAAGAAUUUGACACACAUACACCAUCAAUAGUUAAAAAGGAUAUCAGGGCUGAUUUACCAGCAGAAAUUACUGUCAUUAAUGAACACCUCAAAAAAGGAGUAUGUAAUAUAACUAAGGAGAACGUAACAGACCCUCUGUUAAUACGGGAAGAAUCUAAUAAAGAUGACCAACACACAGAGCCUGACACUAACGAACCGUCCAUUAGGACCAAUGAUUCUAUUCAUACUGAACCAAAUAUUGAAACAGAUAAAAGUAUAGAAGGUACAGAAAGUUCAUCAUUAAGCCAUUACGUUAAAUUGGAUACUCCACCGUUGAAUGAAUCACCAAAACCAUCACAAAGCUUAUUGGAAGUAGCAGUAGUUCCAAAGGAUGUAAACGAUGAGCCUUUAUCGGCAUCUACAGAUGUUGAAGUAAUUACUGAAAAGGGAUAUGAACCCGAGGAUGUAUCUUUACACAAAAGCCCAGCUUUUGAAAAGAAAAAGAAGCAUAAGAAGCGAAAGUCUCACGCGAUUAGUGAAGAAACUGCUUAUCCAAAGCAAACUACGACGGAUGAAGAUACUGAAAUUUCAACACCAGUUGAAAUGGAAGAACCUAUUUGUCAAAGAAAAAUGAAGACCAAGAAAGGUAAGAAAAAGACUCCCGUUAGUGACAAGUUUCCGGAAGAUUUCACAGUAGCAGCAUCAAAACCAAAAUCCGAGAGCCCAAAAGUAGGAACUGAAAUGGCCACCUCAUCACCUCAAGAGGAAUCAUAUCACACAAUAAGUGACACUUCCGACAUUAAUACUGUAAAAAUUGUCGAAGAAUGUAUUGGUAGCAGUCCUGAAAUAAUUCAAAAGGAAGUUGCCACAACUGUAACUUACCCAGUACCUAUUGUCGAAGAGAUUGCUAUUAACGAAUAUUCAGUUCAAACCUCACCCGAAGUUUUGGAAGUUGAAAAAGAAGACAUAAUUGGAAUAUCCAAAAUAGAGAUGAUCGACACUGAAUUGCAAACUUCUCCCACCUCUGUCAAAGAAAUAUUAACUCAGACUACUCCGGUUGAGGACAUAGAGGUUCACACACAGACUUUGGAUGAUAUAAAAAUUGUCGAUAAAGUGGAUGUGUUGGAUUCACAAAUUCAGACAAGUCGGACGGAAUCACCGGAAGAAAUUAUGAGAACUGAGGUUACUACCCAAGUAGUCUCAAGAGAUAUAGUUACUCCAGAUGACAAAUUUUCACAAACAUCUUCACCAGUUAACGAUGGCGAUAAAAUAGUUGAAAAAGAUUGUCGAGGUAUUCAAACUUCACCCCUACCUCAGGUACAGAAAGAUGAAAAGAGCACGGAAAUCGUAAUUGAAACUACAGAAAGUGAUAUACAAACUGUAAGGCAAAAUGUUGUUGAUCAAGAAACAUCUACAUCACCUACCAAAGUUAAGGAAUUAAUAGAGAUGAGUAUUCAAACACCUGAAAUUCCUCUUGUUGAUACCUAUACGCAGUCUGAUUUAUCAAUUGAAGAUAAAGAAACUUAUAAACCAGAAAGUCCAAGUUUGCCUGAAAUAGAUGUAACCAGUAAAGCCUUAACAAUCGAUAAAACUCAACAAACAACUCCAAGAAAUGAUGAUGUUGAAAUUAAAUCUGAAAUUAAUACAUCGCAAAAAGAAAUCACCAUGAUUGAUAACGUCCAACAAACUUCACCUAGGAUCGAAAGUAAUAUUACAACACCGACAUCGCCAUUAGAAUUUAUUAAAAAAGAAAUAAUUACUGUUGAUGAUGCUCAACAAACUUCGCCUAGGGGUUAUAAAGCGGAAGAUAGAUUAUUAUCAGCAGUACAAUAUAGUAAUAAAAAUGUCAUAAAAACCAUAGAUAGCACUCAACAAACAUCUCCAAGAGAUUAUUCAGAGGAUUCGCUAUCAACAUCUACCGACGAACCUUAUGAAAUCCAUUUGCGAGCUCAAAUCUCUAUUCCACGAUCCACACAUGACUUCAUUGAAAAUGAACGUCAGUCAGAACAAAUUGCACAACCUAUUAAAGACACUCAUAAGCAGAAGAAAAGAAAACCAAAGAAAAAGACAGAAUCGCCGCUACCAUCGCCAAGUAGCUUAUCAGACCCUAUCAAUGCUGAACUAUCAUUUUCAGUCACCCCAACAAGUGAAGAUUUAUCUAGUAAAGAAUCUUCUUCUUUAGAUGAAGGUAUUUCGCAACUAGCUAGUCCUGUUCAACCAAAUCAGCAAGAAAUGUAUAUUACAGCGCAAAAACCUACUUAUUCGGAUGUAGUUCAAAGAUCUAAAUCAAAAUCGCCAUCUCCUAGUAAAACAAUAUUUAGACCUAAAGUCGGCAAAGCAAGAUUGAUUAACACUCUAGAAAAAAGAACACAGUAUCUUAGCGAACCUCAGAAAAUAUCAGAAAACGCAUUAACUGUAGCACUUAUUGAACCUUCUGUGGAGAAAUCUUAUGAUUUAAUUGUUAACAAAGAAUUAGAAGAAAUCAAAAGUGCUAUAAAAAACAACGAUCCAGUUAAAAUCGAAAAGAGUAUUAUUGUUGUAAUUGAAACGAUAUCUAUUUGGUUAGAGGAGAUUCAAUAUAAAAUCCAAAGACAAGCUAUAGAAGGAGAUAAAUCAGGUAAUGAAUCAGAACGUGUAAAGGCAUUAGAAAAUUAUGUUCAUGGUCUAAAGGAAAUAAUUUAUGUAACGGAAGUAAAUGAAGAAAUUAUUACUUUAAUUGAGACCAUAACACGUCAAAUCCACACAAUAAGUUAUUAUAAAAAUAGAACAACUGAAAAGGUAAAGGAAGAAGAAAAAGAAUGGAACAAAUUUUUGUCAGAUAUUGAAAUAUUGGACUCGUCUGUAGAUCAACUGAAAUCUACCUUAGACGAAUUAAUAAUGUCUGAAAAUCCCAUGCAGAAAAAACUCGAAAAUCUAGAUGAAAUUGAAAAAGAUAAUGUAUACAAUUUAGAUUUUACAAAGAAAUUGUUCCAAAUUUAUCGCAACUUCAUGGAAAUAAAUCCAAAGCGAGAAUGUCCAGGUAAACUCUUUGCAAUCGACGAGGGCACUAAACAAAUAGAAAACACAAUUAAUACCGAAAGAGACCGGCUCUUACAAUUAACAUCAUUAGCUGAAGAAUACGAACAAACUUUGCAGGACUUUGGACAAAUUACAGAUGUAGCAGAGGCGCUGCUUGAUGGAAAAAUAAUUGUAUCUAACUUAGAUCACCUGUAUGAAGAAAUCCAAAAACAUAGAAAGUUCUUUAUAAACUUAAGCCAUUGCAGAGCGAUUCUUGAAUCGCUGGAGAACAACUUGGAUACUGAAACAAGAACCAAGUACUCAGCAUUGCACCAUUCUUUGCAUGAUAGAGCAACGUUAAUUAUUGAUAGAGCUGCUGGUCGCGCGCAACAAAUGACUUUAGCCGCUUCAAGAUGGAGUGUCCUUGAUCAAAGCAUGAAAGAAGAACAACAAUGGCUUAGAGUAGCUCAACAAAGAAUUCCCGAUCUUUCUAACGUGACAUCCAUUGACCACGAACAAUACAUCAAUCUGUAUCAAUCUAUAAGCCUUGACGCAUCACAACAUUAUGCUAAAAUGCUACGUUUACUCUCAAUUACAGAAGGACUUCAAAGUUUAAUCGUUUGCUCCGGACUUGAAACGGAAUGUUCUGUUUCACUUGAUACUUUACUUAAGCUCCAAGAAGACAUCGAUUCUAGGUUAACACGUUUAACAGCGUUUAAAGAGAAUUGGGUAACUUAUGAUAAUCUUAUUGACAGGAUUGAAGGUUGGAUGAAACUCGCAAAUAAAGAGCUAGAGCAUAUAACACCUGAAAAUAUUACAACAACAAGUAACCUUCGUCGUUUUUGGGAAUUAAAAGCACAACAUGAAGUUCAUAAUAACUUGAAAAAUGAAUCUGGAGUUCAAUUUGAUAAGGCCUUAGAAAUACUGCCGAUAUCUGAUGAAAUGGUACAACGUCAGUUCUUUUCCAAAAUUGAAGAUAAAUGGCGUGAUUUGUCAUCACGGAUAUGUCACAUUCACACAUCAGCCAUCAAAAAUAUAUCUGAUCGCGAUGUUCCUUCUAGUGAAAAACUUAAUAUACUAGAAGAUGAGAUGAGAGAGCUGCGUGCUAUGUUGGACGCUCUUAAAGGCGUUAUCAAAAGUGACGAUGAACUAAACCUAUACAUCGAACGGCUCCAAGUGAUGACAAGCCGUAUCGACAGAAUACAGAACGAACUCGGUAGGUUAAGCUUACUUCCCACCGCCGAGUCAGAGCGUUUAGGUGCACUUUUGACUCAGUCGGGAGUACUGGAUGAUCAAAUAGCUGAAGAGCUUGAAAGAAGUAUGCUCUUAAAAGAGAAAAUAGUGCAAGUGCAAGCCGGUAUUGCCCGUUGUCAAAAGAGCCAACGACGCGCACAAUUGACUUUGGAAGAGUGUGAAGCAGCCGAGCGUCUCGGAAGUGAUGUUGUAGAAAGAGCGUCACAAACGUGCGAAAAACUGAUAGAAGAUCUCUCAACACAAUGGCGAGAUAUUCUAGCGCUCAGACAAGCAUUGCACACGUUGCCUACAGCACUUCGCGUCUGCGUAUCACCUAUAAGCCUUGAGAGGGAUAUUUCUGCACUACAGGAUACUCACGCUGAAUUGGAAGCCGCUUGCAACGAGUUGAGCGUCCGCUUGCGCAGUAAAGUGCAGCUGUGGAGACGAUUUGAACGUCAACUGGAACUGGUGCAAGGCGCCGUACGCGAGGCCGACUAUAUGGUAGAACUUCUCACGGUCCAGGGACAGGUCGACUAUGAUCGUCUACUGAAAGCUACCGAGAAACUUGAAACGCUAAGCGACUCACUGUCACGUCGGAGCGGUGAGCUGGUGGGUUCGCUGCGUGAGGCCGCGGCGCCGCUAGAGUCUAGCUGUGAGCCCAGCAUCGCCGCCAAGCUCAGGAAGGAGCUGGACGACGCGGCUGCGGCCUACGAGCACACCUGCUCCAACCUAACGCAGCUCUGCGACAAGUACCAUAAAGCGGUGGAGCUAUGGCGACGUUACCGCGAGGCGGCGGCGUGCGUGCGCGCCUUCGCCGACCAACACGAGGGCACCCUGCACGCGCUGCGACCGCACGACGCUCCGGCAGCCGCGCAGGCAUGUCUAGAACAAGAGGCAAGAGUUGCAGAACUCAGGUCCCUAGCGGCACGAGUCGCGGCAGAAACCGGCUCCAGAGCAUUACAAGCCGACGCUGACGCACUAGCCAGGAGACUGCAGCUUGUCGCUGGCGCUGUUCAAGCACUGGCCGACCUUGGUGAAGCUAGACAGCUGGCAAGAGCUAAAGCGCAACAUGCCAAGGAGAUGUUCUGUGAUAUGAGACAGGAUUUGACUCCAGUUCAAGAAGACGGAGAAAUAGUGGAAGACAAAUUGAUAGCUCUGCGAGAAAACCUUAUAGCACUCGGUAAAAGCGAGGCUGACAUUGCACCCGCAAAGGCAGAGCUUCCGGACAUCGACAGAGACGUGUCAGACGAACAUUCCAUUGUACGAAUAUUAGAACUAUGGCAGGCUAUGUUUAGAGAUACUUUCUUACACUACCAUCGCUUAUCGACGGCGCUGGUAAGGUCGGGAGACGCAGCGACUGCUCUGCGAUUAUGGAACGAAUAUUUAUUAGACUUACAAUCAUUCCUAUCCGGUUCCGUACCGGCUGAUUAUGAAAAUUUAACCGAACACCGCAGACUUUGCAGAGUACAUAGAAAUCUUCUGGCAUCACAACGAUCAGUGUUGAUGAAUGAAAAUAAGGAAUCUAAGAAUCGUGAUCUAGCUGACAAGUUCGACACGCUAACCAAUCUCCACAAUGAAACUUUAGCGAGAAUCGUCGAAAGACACGACGAGGUGUGUACACGAAUCGCGGCUUGGGACGAAUACAUCCAGGUUUACACUGAACUACUUCGGUGGCUAAAGGAAAUAGAAAGAGAAAAAGAAAAGCUACAACUGAGAUACGUGCAUAUAAAGAGGAUACACAAAGUCUUAUCUGAGAUCCAGAAUCUCGCAGACAAAUUACCCGAAGGCAGGAAAUUUUCGGAAAAACUAUUGGAGAAUCUAAAGAAGGUAAUGGAAUUCACAGAAGAAACCUAUGGUGCUUCUGUAAGAAUGGAAUACGCGGGUAUCGUUAAGAGAGUUGAUAAUUUACAAGCAAGUCUUGACACUUGGCGUGACUUCCUAACUCGAAUACUUGGUCUUAUUGGAGAAUAUGAAACUUUAACGGAUGACUUGCACAAGUUAUAUUCUAAGACACAAGGCGAAAUUAUGACCUACUCUGACGAUGAGCGAUUAUCUAGGCCUCAGCUUAAGAAAGCGAUAGAUAAGUAUACUGAUUUAAGAACAAAAAUAGAUAAAACUGAAACAAAACUGGAAGCUCUCAGCGUUAUUCAGGAGCAAUUGAAAGAAUGCCUCAGUCCUCAAGAUAUAAGAAUAGUUAAUCAAAAGGUCUGGCAAUUACGUCAACAGCGCGCGGACUUGGAACACCAACUAUCAAUCAUUAUUCACAGGCUACAAGAACGAUUAGAAAUAUAUACAAUAUUUGACUCAAGGCUCUCUCGAUUUAGCGAAUGGAUAAAAACACUCGAAUCACGUCUCGAAACGACCACAUCUAGUAGUGACUUAGGAGCUUUAGAUCCUCAGGACUUGGUCAGAAGGAUCAACUCAGAUAUUCAAGCGGAAACCUCGCUCAAAGAACGGGAAUUCGAAUGGCUUGCAGAAACAGGUAGCGUUUUAACUGAUUUGGCUAAAAAAGAUGAAAAAUCAUAUAGCAAGAAUACGUCUAAACAGUUAAAAGACAUACAAGAACGCUGGCAUAAUUUGCAAGAAACGGGACGAAAUCGAAUAGCCAAGAUCAAUGAAUUACUCGAAACAAUUUCACAAUUAGAAGAACGUUUGACAGAAAUAAGACUUAAAUUACACACAAUAGAAUCUAAUCUAUCAGCGCCAGUUGUCCUAGAACAUUUAACGACGAAAGCCGUUGAUACUAAAUUCCAGGAACGUGACGAAAUACACAAAAACAUUGAAAACGAGAGCGGAGAAGUUGGUAAAACGCUAAACCUAUGCGAACUCGUAUUUAAUGACGCUGACGUGCUAAAAGGCAACUUCGAUUUACGGAAUUUACAUACCGGUGCAAACAUCGUUGAAAAGAAAUGGAAAAACAUCUGUGAUAUGUCUGAACAACGAAAGAAAGCAUUGAAGGAGGUCAGAAAAUCUGCUGAACUGGCUAAUUCUCUACUACCUAAAGUUGAAAAGAAGCUUGAUGGAAUAGAGAAGAGAGUCGAAAAGAUCGAAACCCGCAAACAGAGAGGUGAAGCUGAAGAUGAGACGGUUUCGAAGGCUGUGUUUAAAGACUUAGAUACCUUAGAAGGCGAUGUUAAGAAAUUGGAGGAUGCAUACAGCCGUAUAGCGUCAGCUCGCGGAGUUGAGGUCCGAGGGCCUGGGGCUGAUGAUGCAGCAAGACUCAGAGCGGCGGUACGACGGUGGCAACAACUACGUUGUAGAGUAGAUGCUGCUGGUGCUGAUGCUCAUCGUCAAUUCGUCGCAGCUCAUGGAAAGGCUGUUGUGGCGUUAGCAGAAACGGAUGUUAGGUUAACCAGAGCAUUGCAUCUCGCUCCGAUACCUUCAGAUAAAGCUGCCACCCUUAAAGAAUUAGAUGAAGUAGAAAAAGAACUCCGCGAGUGUGAAGCACUAGUAGAUGAAGCAGACAGAUUGUCUGUGUCGGUGGCUAGCGUGUCCGGUGUAUCGGAUAUGGUGGGCGAGUACCGCGCACUGUUUGCAGACGUCAGGACCCGAUUGGACCUCGCGAGGGCUGAAGUGGUCGGUGACGUGGACACCGCUGUACAGGUCGAUACGUUAAAAUGGGAAACUGAUGCAGCGUUGCAAGUAGACACAUUAACAUCCAAAGAGACAUAUCGUGUCGAACUAGCGUCCGCAGUUAAGGAAACAUCAGAAUCUCUGGAAGCGCUCCGAACUGCACUACUCCAAGAACUAAAAGAAAACACCGGCAGCGAAGAAUUAGCUACAGCAGCUAAAGAAAUAGCUAAAGCUGGAGCUAAGCCCGAACAAACACUCGAACUGGCCAAGCAUCUAUCAGAACUAUUACUAACUGAAUGCGACGCCACCGAGGAAGAAGCGAUGUUGAAGGAGGUGGAAUCUCUCUCAUUAAGAUACGAAGAUCUCUUGACACAGGCCAAGAAACGCGAACUACAGAUCAACAAUUUGAGGUUGCCCCACUCCGCGUCGUACGCUCUCACGUGCGAACACGAGACCGGUCGCGUCACGUGUCCCCUCUGCUCCGAUCGGAACUGGAAGCAGCUCGACAACGACCUGUGGCGGCUGGAGCAGUGGCUGCAGUUCGCGGAGGCCACGGACGAGGCGCACUCCGAGCCGCCCGAGCAGUACGACGCGCUCGAGGACGCGAUACAGGACCACCGCGAGUUCCUGCUAGACCUGGACUCGCACAAGGCGCUGGUGGUGUCGCUGAACGUGGUGGGCGCGCACGUGACGCGCCACGCGCGCCGCGCCGCCGACGCCGCGCGCGCGCGCGAGCGCCUCGCCGCCGCCAACCGGCGCUGGGACGGCGCCUGCGCGCGCGCCGCCGCCCGCCAGGCCGCGCUGCAGCACGCGCUGCUGCACAACGCGCAGUUCCACGACAUCGUGGUGGAGCUGGUGGAGCAGCUGGCGGCGGCGGAGCGCACGGUGCGCGCGCGCGAGCCGCUGCGAUUGGCGCGGCCGCCCGGCGAGCUGCGCGACGACUUCCGGCGCUUCAGCGAGCUGCGCGACGAGCUGAGUAGAGCCGAGCCGCGCGUGCUGGCGCUGCGAGACGCCGCGCAGCUGCUGAAGGCCGACGCGCAGCACGUCUGCCGCAGACUGGGUGAGCUCCGACUGCGCUUGCAAUCCCUCCGCAAGCUGUCGGGCGUAUAUGCACUGAAGUUGGGUGCAGCGUUGGCUCGCUCGCCGCAGCACAGCUCCGCACUCGCCGCGGCCGCCGCCAGCGCGACCGCCGCCACCACACAGCUGUUGGAGGAGGACGAGCAGCAGCUGCCGGCGAUGACGCUGCCGCCGCUCGACGAUGCAGACGCGCUGAGCGAGGAGCGUGAGCGGCGCGAGCUGAGCGGCGUGCGGCGCGGGCUGCGCUUCGUGUGCCGCGUGGCGCGCGCGUCGCUGCCGUUCCAGGCGCUGCUGCUGCUGCUGCUGGGCGCGGCGGCGCUGGCCCCGCUGGCGCCGCCCGACUGCCGCCCGGCGCCGUCGCUGCAGCCCGUGCUGCGCUACCCGCACGGGCCGCCGCCGCUCUAGACACAUUCCGCCUGUAAAUACGACGAUUUUUGUAUAUUUGUAACGUUGGGUGCGCGUGGCGCGGCGACGUCGACGUCGACCAUUAUAUUUAUAUUCGUUAUUUAUGUAACCCAUAUUUAAAGAUGGCGCCGCACAAAUGUAACGUGACGGCUCUCUGUACGCACUCACGCAUUGCUACUUAACUACUAGGGUAAGGACUUCCGAUCGCGUCAAUAAAGCCUUACGUCGAUCGAA